UCGCGAUACCGAGGAACAUGGAGGGGGGAAAAGAGAUUUGCGCCUGCGCAGUAAGUAGAAGCAGUCACAAACGUAGAGAAGGGGCGGGGCUCACCCUCCUCAGUCCCAGCCCCGCCGCCAUCUUGUUUCACCGCCACUUUGCGCUCGCUCCGUCCGUCACAUCCCCGCCCCCCCUUCCUCGUUGCGUCCGGGAGCGCGCGGGCUGCGGUUGACGCACUAGCACUCGCACCCGCCACCGGAGCGCAGCGGAAACCACGGACUCUUGAUUAGCUUGGUGAGUCUGGGAUGGAUCUUUUUUGUUUGUUGGUUGGUGGGGGGGUAGAUCUCGUAGAGAGGAGUAGCAGCAGUUGGACUCUGUUUUUCCCCUCCCCCUCUCUCGGCGCCGCCAUUCCCUCCCUUCCCGCUUCUGAUUGGUUGGACGGGCCCUCCGGUGUUGUCUCUGAUUGGCCGGCAGUGGGGUAAGGCGGCCGCCCGGAACUCCAGCUCGGCGAUUGGGUGAGUGCCGCCGGCGGACCGUGGAGAGAGCAGGAUUCAACGGAAAUCGCAUGUUUUCCCCGCCCCCCGCCCCUUUCUGAUGCCCUUAAGCGCCCAACGGUAUUAGGGCGGGGCUGAGAGCGAGCGCGUGCGUCUGAAAGGGAAUGCAUGGAAGUUUAUGGAAGUAGUCAGGAUAGAGGGUGGGAGAGAGCGGGAGAAGUUGUCGGAGUAGGGCUGAGGGCAAGGCGAUCAGGGAAGUGAUCAGGGGAGUUCAAGCUUUGGGGUCUCAGUAGACCUUGAGGCAUCAACAUCCUGUGCACACUUAAGGUGGUUGGACAGAAGGAGCCAAGUGGGACUUCAGAGUAAGCAUGUUAUAGGGAUGCAGGACCUAGAAACCUGAGAAAGAGGCAGUGGGCACAGUAGUUAGAGUAGCUCACAUCUGUUAGCCAUGAAGCUCAGUGUGUGACCUUGAGCUAUGUGUUCUCCUUUCAGCCUUACCUACCUCUUAGAUCCAGGGUGGUAUAGUGGGUAGAUUAUUAGACUAGAACCCAAAUUCCUAUGCAGCCAUGAAGCUCACUAGGUAAUUUUGGGUCCCUCACUGUCUCUCAGUCUCACCUGCCUCACAGUGCUGUUGCGGGGAUAAAAUAGAGUGGGGGAGAUCAAUGUAUGCUAAUGUGAGCUAGGUGGAGGAAGGAUGAGAUAUAAAUGUAAUAAAGAAUAAACGUCGUGAGGAUGGGGAGAGGGGAAGUAAAGGGCAAUGUAUAUUGCCCUGAGCUCAUUGGAGGGCUAUUGUGAUAUUUUAAUAAAGAACGAAGCUGCCUCAGUCAUUGCAUUCGUCCUUUUCCAUUCAUCCAAGCCUUGACUUUGUUUUUGACCUGAUUUUAUUUAAAGCAUCUUUGUACCUUGCUAUUCAGCUGAAAAGAUUCCUAGAUAGGCUUACAGGCCAAUAAGAAGCAAUACAGGUUUAUAAUCUAUAAAACAUUAAUGAUGCACAUGGAAAAGGGGUUGAGGAGGAAAGGAAGAAAAUAAGCAAACUCUGCAUAGAAGCUUUUAUUAUAUUUUAAGACCCAAGGAUGUUAUGUUCAACUGCUUUUGUUUUUUCCCUCCCUUUUUCUGCUCUGAUAGAUUUUGUGACACUUCAUUUUUUCAUUUGUGUAUUGCUUGUUUAACUUUGAUAAAACAUUUAUUGUACAAGCAUAUCUCAUUUUAUUGCACUUCACUUUAUUGGACUUCACAGAUACUGUUUCUUACGAGGAUGCAGUUGCAGGCAGCUUUGCUGCUUCCAGGGGAAUGAAGCCCUGUGGUGUGUAAUAAUGAUUAUUAUGCCACCCCCCUUUGGGCAACUGGAGUGAAGCUGGCUGGGGCAAGGUUUUUCCCCUCCUGCCCCUGCAGCCGGGGGGGGGGGGGGCUAGCUUAAUAGACUACAGUAUAGUGUAAAUAUUACUUUUAUACGCACUGGGGAACAGAACCAAAAAGGGUGUGAAUCACUCUAUUGCAAUAUUUGCUUUACUGUGGUGGUCUGGAACUGAACCCGUAAUAUCUCCAAGGUACCCCUGUAUGCUUCCCAAGCUUCAGCCAAACAAUUUUCAUUGCUUCCUCAUAACUUGAUUUUAUCCUCUUGUUGUAAGUGGCUUUGAAUACCCUGUCUGAUAGAAAGGCAUAGAAAUGGGAGCAUAUUUGCAUGGGAGCAAGUAAAGGUAUCUUAAUAGGAACAUAUUUUACGACAGAAUUUUCCUAGCAAACCAGAGGUUAAACUAACCCCAGGAGGAGCUUGCAGCCGGCAGUGUCACAACACAGUUUGGAAAGCUCUAAUGUAAUGCAUUGGAGGAGAGAGAUGGAGGGGCAGUUGCCUUGCAAGACUGCCUUGCAACAUCCCACAUUUUAGCCUUUAAGCUUUUAAUCCUGUGUAAAUAUGAAUAUAGUCAGCUACUUUUAAAUGUUGUUUUUGAGUAAAUGUCGUUUUGGAGGUUACUACUACAGUGGACGCUCGGGUUGCGAACAUGAUCCAUGCGGGAGGCACGUUCGCAACCUGCAGCGUUCGCAACCCGCAGCACCACGUCUGCGCACAUGCGGGUUGCGAUUCAGCGCUUCUGCGCAAAACACGAUUGCCAAAACCUGGAAGUAACCUGUUCUGGUACUUCCGGGUUUCGGCGUGUCCAUAACCCGGAAAAAAGCAACCUGAAGCGUCUGUAACCCGAGGUAUGACUGUACUUAGAGAUAUUAGCAAAUAGAUGAAGCAUUUGGCAUGUUUUAGCUGCUCUUGCGGCAAGUAACAUAACACUAGGAAUUGAAAUACAGCUGGUUGUGGACGGGAUCCGAUCUGGAGCUCUGGUUGGAUCCUGAGGUUUCCUCAACCGGAGGGACUGCUUCUGUGCAUGCAUGCAGCACGGUAGAGUGUUUCUUCGCAUGCGUGCGCGGCGAAACACUUCUGGGUUUGCUGCUUUCGCAACCCGAAGUUUACAUUACCCAAGGGUAACAUAAGCCGAGAUGCUACUGUACUAUGUAUAAUUAUUUGCCUUCCCUUAAAACAUAUAUAUAUGGCCCUUCAAUAUUAAGUUCUUUAUGAAGAUGUUUUUGGAAAAGCAUUUAAUAAUACCUUUCAUAUAAAGUCUUUAAAGUAUUUUGUACAAUUAAAGUAAAUAAGUAGGAUAAAUAGUGAUAAAUUACAACACUUCAGCUAUAAACAUGUAGAACUAAGUGGCUGUUUUCUAAAAACAAUACAUGCACUUUAUGGGAGAAAACACUAAACUUGAAACUCCAGAUUUUAUGUUAAGGGAAACAUUACUACACCUUGAAGUGUUCUGUCAAGCAAGUUUCCAGCUUGACUGCUAUUAUCUUCCUUUAAUGUCCUGGCAUUAACUAGGCAGCCCAGGGCUACAUUUGACUCAUAGUGACUUUGCUUGUGAUUUCUGUGUCCUUGUCCUUCGCUACACAACACUGAUCUAUUCUCAGCCGGUAGUAUUGUCAAGUUAAAAUGAGCAUGUGCUAGGAAUGCAAGUGGGUGUAAAUCAGGGGUUGGCAAAGUUUUUGUGGCUUGGGCCGGUUCAUGGUCCCACAGACGCUGCAGUGGGCCAGAGUGCGCACGCAUGCAUGUGCAAAUGCUAUUUCCGGUGUGGAGGAAGCGUGCCCAGCUUCCCAUUGGCUGCAGGAGCUUCCUGCAGCCAAUGGGAGCCAGCCAGCACUGUGGAAGGCGGUCCCCGCUCUACUCCACGCCGGUUUAGCACGGCGCACAGGAGCCGACCGAGCGGGCGGUGGGGAUCCAUGGGCUGGUUAAACAACCCCCUGGGCCACUUGUGGCCCAUGGGCCUUAGGUUGUCGACACCCUGGUGUAAAUUGAGGCAGUUCAGUUGCAUUAGAGGCAAUGGGAAGGGGACCUGUGUAUGCUAUGAACCUCUGAGCUGCAAGACAUUCUUGCAGUAAUGUUGCUGCAUAAGCACCAUUGGAUAUGUUUUUGUUUCCAAAUGCAUUUUUUUCCACACACGAAAAGGAAGCUCUGACCCAUGUCCCAAAUUCAGCUUGCUUAGACCUCCUCAUUUGACCUACCAGGCAAUUUCCCCCAAACUGGAUCUUUCACAGUUGGCCCUUGUAUCUCUCCCCAUCUCCACGAUUUGGUUUGCCAAGCCCAAAAGAUUCCCCACCCCAGCGAUAUAAACUUACCUCAUAAAUCUCAGUGGACUCAAUAAAACUUAUUUUUGAAUAGAUAUACACAGGAUUGAACUGUGAAAUGGCCAUAAACUGAUUUCUCUGACCCAUCAUUAUUUCUCACACUAAGCUGAUAUUGAAUCCUCUCAAAUUUGUUUGAAAGAAAUAACAAAUUCCAUCCUACCUAUCUCUUUCCUUGUUUUGUAUUCUAAUUUCCAUUUGAAGGUUGUGUUAUACUGUGUAGUGCACUUCUGUGUGCUAUGGCGUGAAUCGCCCUGAAAUCCGUGGAACUGACUUACUAAUAAGCAUGUAUAUGAUUUUUGCAGUUCAUCCCAUUCAAUUCGCCUACUACUCUGAUGCAGAGGUGGAGAACCUGUGGCCUUCCACAUAACUCACUGGUAGAGCCUUGCAUACAAAUUGUCCCUGAUUCAGUCCCCAGAAUCUUCAGACAGGGCUGGGACUGUUCCUCAUUUGAAACCCAGAGAGCUGCUGCCAGUCAGAUAAUGAAUGAAUGAAUUAAAUGGAUUACUUGCCCUUCACCAGCAGGUUCUGGGGUAGUUUACAGCAGCUUGAAAUUCAGUGUUAAAAACAGUUAAAACAAAUCUCAGGAAACACAUAUUGUCAAUAGCCAGGGUAAAGAUGUGCAUCUUUAGCAUUCAUCAAAAGCUGUGUAGUGGGUUGGGAGAUGCAGCUCUAUGGGGAUGGAGUUCCACAUCUUAGGUGCUUCCACAGAAAAUGCUGUCUCUCAGCCUGCCACCACCUGAAACUUCUGAGGGUGGCAGAGUUACCUUGGCUGCUCUUAACACAUGAGAGGGUCUCUAGGGAAAUACCUCUGAUAUUUGGGCCAUCAGUUGUUUACAAUUUAAACAGUAGCAUGAGCACCUUCAAUUGGGCCCCAAAACAAACUGGCAGCCAGUAUGUAGAGAAUAUGGACCUAGAUGGAACAAUAUCUGACUCUGUAUAGGGCAGCUUCCUAUGCUGGUUUGCAGUUCCUAUUAUCCCUGACAUUGUCCAUGUUGACAGUGGCUGAUGGGAGUUGGAGUCCAACAACAUCUGGGGGGCACCAGCUUCCUCACUCUAGCUCUGAUGUAAUCUGACACCAUCAUAGCUGUCUUAAGAGUUUUUUGUACUGUUAGGCAAUGCAAACAAACUAUUGAUUCUGGAGCAGGAAGAGAACAUGCAAUGUUUCAUCUUAUAAAAGCUCAUUUUCAACAUCUGUCACAACCAUGAACAUUAUCCGUCUAAACAGUUUGACUAGCACAAGGACUUCCAGUGAUGCAAUAGAACUUUCCUUUCCCUGUGUACCUCCUGCGUGCCCGUAAAUCUGCUCUGUAGGGUUGAAGGAACUCCUGGAACAGGUUUAGAGGAGAGGAAGCAGGCAGGAAAGUUCCAUUAUGCAAUUAAAAGUUAUUGUGCUAGCGAAGCUGUAUAGCUGGAUUCCAUCCCAUGUUUUUAAAAUCGGGAUCAUGGCCCUGUUUGACUCUUAUUCUUUGUUGAUAACAGUUUCUGCCUUGGAGGCAGGGAUUAUGGGUUUUUUUGUUUUCUAUUUCCAAAUCAUCAUGCAGUAGUGUUUUAGCCCUAAAUUUUUGCCCCAGGUUGUCCAGAGUAAUCUUCUUCACUGUCUCUACUUGGUUUAUUCUCCUGAUCUUGUUGAACAUCUCGGCAUCAGUUUUUGAAGUAUAGGCCUCAGAGGCCUCCCAUUCUUGAUGUUGGAUUUUCUGUUGUAGGACUCCUUUUUCAGCCUCUGAGAUUUCCAGAUUGUCUUUGGAGAUCUUUAUUACUCCACUAUAUUGAUUUAUUUUCAGCCUCAGCCUGCCUCAAAUUAUUUCUCCUGCAAGAACUUCUGAUUUUCUUGGUCAUAUGAUUGUCUUGCCUCAAGAUGUCAUAAUAGUGGCUCUCUGUUCUUCUUUUCUUGUGGCAGUGUCAGCUACAUAUCUGGAUGCCCUGCUUUGAAAGGAAUUUCAUACAGUUAUUGGGCUAAUACUUUGUGCUGAAUGUGUUUCACACUAUGAGGCAAGGAUCAAAACCAGAGUCAAACACAGUGAUGCUUUCUAAUGGCCCUGGAGGUCCAUUCUCCUCUAAAAUGGAUCUUUUGGGCAACAGUGUUCGAAACUCCCAUUGCUCUAGGUCCAUUUGGCAACAGGGAAUUUCAUUAGCGCAAGCAAUUUCUGAGCUCUGGGUGCAGUACUGCACCUAAAAUUUCAGUUGGAGGAAAGGAGGACCUCUUUCUGCCUCCCCAAUUCCAGCUACUCUCUGAAGACUGGCGAAGAGACCCUCUUAAGAUUAUUAGGGAGGUGGGCAGGGGAAGGACUAGACCAUGUGCAAAAUGAACAUAAUAUUUUAGCUGCAGUUUAUUCAUUUUCAGCUUUGUGUUCUUUCUUUUUUUAAAGCGUGCCUAGACAUUCUAUUGUUGCACCCAUAAUCUAGGUUUAAGGUACCAUUUGGCUCCUAGCUUUCAUAUCUAGUGUUUCUAAUACUGGUGGGCAGACUUGGCCUGAAGCCAUCCCUCUUUCAUAACUAGGAUUUGCUUUUUCCACUAAACCCAUAUUUCCUAUUGCCUACUCUGCUUUUUCUGUCAGUCCCUGUAGAGGUUCCAUUUUGAGAGUAUGUAUGUGUGCCUUGCUCUCCUCCAAAACGUGCCUUAUUUCCUCUGAAUUUUUUGUUCCCUUUUGGUCUUUUUCUUUACUGUUUCUUACACUCUGACCUCCCCCCCCCCUUUUCUUCUCCUGAUUUUGUCCGUUUUUCUUUUCCAGAAAUUAGGGGCAAGCUGUCUAAAGCUCCCGUUUGGUCUCUUGUUUCUCUUGACCAAGCCACACAAUUUAGUUAGAUGUGAGCUGUGAAAGCAGUAGAAGUGAAUAAUACUUCAUAGCAGCCACCUAUGCUUAAAGGUAUGCUACCUUUGAACAUGGGGAAGGGCCAUAGCUCAGUGGGAGAGCAUCUACCAUGCAUAUACAGAAAGUCCCAGGCUCAAUCCCUGGCAUCUCCAAGAAGAGUUGGGAAUGUCCUCUGUCUGUAACUCUGGAGAGCUGCUGCCAGUCAAGAUAAAACUAAGCUGAAAGGGCCAGUGGUCUGACCCUGUGUAAGGUAGCUUCCUAGGUUCCUAUCGCCGGAGCAAUUUCAGUGGUUAUUGCCAAUGAUUUUAAUCUGUACUUUGGACCCAUGAACAGAAGUUUAAAAAGUUUAUUCUUCCUUCCCUGCUCCUAUUAUCAACUUAACAUCACAGUGUUUCACAGAGAGUUAUGAGUCUUAAAUACCCCUUUUAUCUGUAAACAGUGUGAUAAUGCACAGUAGCCAGCAUGGUUUUUAUCUGUGCAAGCAGCCACUUUGUGCGAGUUAUUUCCAUAUGUGGACUUUUCCCACUAAAGCAGGUAUUUUGUUGAAAUGAAAGGCGACAUACAAAUUAUUUUAAUCAAGUAAAUGAAAAGCUACAAAUAAACAAAUCUACGCGUUUGCAUUCAACUCAAAGAACCAAUGUUGGCCAAGGGUCCAUUCUGUGUAUCUUCACCAACCACACAAGUUCACUAAUAAUAGUAAGGCAUUGCCUGCUCGGACAGCUUAGCCAUACAUUCCCUCCCUCCUAACCCUUGGAUGUUGGAAGGUAAUAUGGCUAUAUCAUUGUUACAUUUCCUUCCACCCUUGUGCUAUAGGACAUAAAUUACUAUGCAGUAUGGAAUAUAAAAUACUGAUCUCUUGUGUCUCCCUGUGCUCUUGAGGGAACUGUAUUAAUAAUGACCCUGCUCUAUGCCAAUUAUUAGGAUUAACAGGUGUGAUAAGGUACCUCCCCACUCUUCAUAAACUUCUUUCCAUGUAUAGCUUCCUACUAAACCAGGCAUAGGCAAACUCAGUUCCUUCAGAUGUUUGGGACUACAAUUCCCAUCAUCCCUAGCUAACAGGACCAGUGGUCAGGGAUGAUGGGAAUUGUAGUCCCCAAGCUUCUGGAGGACCGGAGUUUGUCUAUGCCUGUACUAAACCUUAUGUGCCACAGUUCUACACCCUCUUUUCUUUUUUAGGCUGGAACUCUCUGCUUCCAAGAAACUUCUUUUUCUCAACUCCCUUGUCAGGGAUGGGAAUUGUUCUUCCUGUCUGAAUGGUGAGCAGCACCCCUAUUCUUUUCUAACAUUUUAUAUUUCAAGUUGAAAACAUCCACUUUAAAAAACAACAACUUGGAAACUAGCUUCUUAAGAAAAAUGAGUAUUGUUCAUAUAAGCCAACAGAGCAAAGACAAAAUCGCAUUUUCAGACUGUUUAGUACCCUUAUUAUGAAAAUAACUGAACAGGAGGUAGAAGGUGCCAUUCAGAAUAUGCAAUUAGGUAAAUCUCCAGGACCGGAUGGACUGACUUCUAGAUACUAUAGAUCUUUAAAAGAAUGGUUAGUGCAACCUUUAAAGGAAGUCUGUAAUGAAAUAAUGGAUGGGAAAAAGGCACCAGAGUCAUGGAAGGAAGCGUAUAUCACACUUAUACCGAAAACAGAGACUGAAAAGACGCAGCUCAAGAACUACCGCCCCAUAUCACUGCUUAAUGUGGAUUAUAAAAUCUUUGCAGAUAUUUUGGCUAAAAGACUAAAAAAAGUGCUAGUGGAAGAGAUUCAUAAAGAUCAAGCAGGCGUUCUCCCGGGUAGACACUUAUCUGAUAAUAUGAGAAACAUAAUCAAUAUUUUAGAAAAAUUACAAGUGAAUAUUAAUACCAAGGCAGUUUUGAUAUUUGUGGACGCGGAGAAAGCUUUUGACAACAUUUCUUGGAGUUUUAUGAAGAAGAACCUACAGGGGAUGGGGGUAGGUCAAGGCUUUGGAAAUGGUAUAAGUGCAAUUUAUUCAGAACAAAAGGCUAAAUUAAUUGUCAAUAACGUGGUGACGGAGGAAUUUAAGAUAGAAAAAGGGACACAACAAGGUUGCCCAAUCUCCCCAUUGCUUUUUAUAUCGGUCCUGGAGGUUUUGCUGAAUAUGAUUAGAAGGGACCACUUGGUUAAAGGUAUACAAGUCGGAGCUAAACAGUACAAAUUGAGAGCAUUUGCAGAUGACUUGGUAUUGACAUUACAGGAGCCAGAAUCUAGUACUAAAAGAGUUUUGGAACUGAUUCAAGAAUUUGGUCAGGUUGCAGGAUUUAAAUUGAAUAAGUUAAAAACAAAGGUCUUAGAGAAAAAUUUAACAGCGAUUGAGAGAGAGAGGUUUCAGAGUGAGACAGGUUUAACAGUGGUUAAGAAAGUGAAAUACCUGGGGAUUAACAUGACAGCUAAAAAUGGGAAUCUAUUUAAAGACAAUUAUGAAAAAUGCUGGACUGAAGUGAAAAAAGACUUAGAAAUUUGGUCAAAUUUGAAGCUUUCACUGCUAGGCCGCAUUGCUGUGAUAAAAAUGAAUGUAUUGCCUAGAAUGUUGUUUUUGUUUCAAACAUUGCAAAUUUUGGAUAAAAUGGAUUGCUUCAAGAAGUGGCAGAGAGAUAUUUCUAGAUUUGUCUGGCAGGGCAAGAAGCCUGGAAUAAAAUUUAAAAUACUAACGGACGCAAAGGAAAGAGGUGGAUUUGCCCUGCCAGACCUUAAACUUUAUUAUGAAUCAGCAGCUUUUUGCUGGCUGAAAGAAUGGCUGCUUCUUGAAAACACAGACAUUUUGGAUUUAGAAGGUUUUAACAAUGUUUUUGGAUGGCAUGCAUAUUUGUGGUAUGAUAAGGUCAAAGCACAUAAAGCAUUUAAAAAUCAUAUUGUCAGGAAAGCAUUGUUUAAUGUCUGGAUAAGAUAUAAGCACCUACUUGAAAAUAAAACCCCAAGGUGGUUGUCACCGAUGGAAGCGAAGGCUCAGAAAAAGCUCAAUAUGGAGGCCAAAUGGCCGAAAUAUUGGGAAAUUUUGGAACAAGAGGGAGACAAAUUGAAACUGCAGAGUUUUGAAAAACUAAAAAAUAAAGUGCGAGAUUGGCUUCAUUAUUAUCAGAUAAUGGAGGCUGUGAUGGGAUGAUGAGCUGCUUGUGCGUAAAAUCGUAUCCCCUCAGAGUUUGUUUAAGUCCACAAACCUCUGUCUGUGACGGAGCCCCUCAGACAUGGCUCCUCUAGUCACUAGCAGAUUCCGACAGUGGUUGCUUUCGGAAUCGCUUCCAACAUAAAAGCUCCUUAACGGAAACACGUCUUCUGGACUCUCUGCGUGUCAGUUUCCGGCGAGGAGUGGGUGUCCCUACAGGAGGUCCUGAAACCUCCCCACUGUUUUCGCUGGAAGUGUCUCUGAGCCAUCCCUCCAGCUCACUUUCCCUCAGCUCAGCUCCUCUCCCCUACUGGUUCCCUCUUCAGCUGCUGAGUCUCUCCCAACCUGUGUGAGCCCUUUCACCUCCCUUCCUUCCGAUGGCAGUUCCCUGACAUCCACCUCCCCUCCAGGGCCCCCUUCACCCCCUCUCGCCCCCUCCUCUACGGGCGGUGAGGAGGCAAACCCCGGAAUGAACUUCCUUCAUCUUCCGAUGUCUCGAACACUUCUCUCCACCUGUUGCGGUUCCUGGUCUCGAAGUACUCCUCCUCCUCAGAGUCCAUCUCCCUUCCCCUUCCGAGUCCGGGAAGCCUUCCAACUCCUCCUCCUCAUCAGUGGUCCCAAAGUAUUCCCUCCGGAACCUCUCCACAGGCUGAGGUUUCCUUGGGAACCUUUGAUGGAACGUUUCUAUCAAUACCUCGUCAUUGAUAUCUUCGGCCAUUACCCAAGUGUUUUCUGACUCCGGUUCUCCUUCCCACGCUACCAAAUACUCCACCUGAUUCCCUUCCACCUGGCGUCGAGGAUUUCUGCCACAUGGCUGCUGCAUUCUCUUUCUUCUAUGACCGGUCCCCGAGUGGCCAUCCCUUCUCGUCCCCUUCGUACGGUGACAGUAACGACCUGUGAAAUACUGGGUGCAGUUUCAUGUGGUUGGGUAACCGGAGCCUGAAAGCCACUGGGUUGACCUGUUGAAUGACCUCAAAGGGACCCAACCUCCUGGGUCUUAAUUUCUUACAACCUCCUUUGAACGGCAACCCUUGGGUUGACAGCCACACCCUAUCUCCCACCCUUAUGGUUUCACCUUCCCUUCGGUUCUUGUCUGCUUGCCUCUUGUAUUCUUCCUUCGCCCUUUCUAAGUUGAGUUGGAGCUGACAAUGGAUUGCUUCCAUUUCUUCUACAAAAUGCUCGGCUGCCGGGACGCUCCAUCUCUCCCCAUCUCCCCUGGGAAAGCCCUGGGAUGACACCCAUAAUUAGCCAAGAAGGGGCUCAUCCCUGUGGACACAUUCUCGGCAUUGUUGUAGGCAAAUUCCGCCAGCGCCAACUUUUCUACCCAGUCAUUCUCUCUGUCAUUGACAUAACACCUCAGGUAUUGCUGGAGGACACCGUUUGCUCUUUCCGCCUGCCCGUUGGUUUCAGGGUGCCGGGCAGUCGAAAAAUUGACCUCCACCUGCAGUAAGCUCAUGAGCUUCCUCCAGAACCUGGAAGUAAAUUGUUUUCCUCGGUCUGAGACCACCCUCAAUGGCACCCCGUGCAACCUAAAAAUGUGUUCUACAAAUAACUUCGCUGUCUCUUCCGCCGUGACUGCAUGCGAGCAAGCUACAAAGUGGCACAUCUUUGUUAGUAGGUCCACCACCACCAUGAUGGCUGUUUUCCCUUUGGACUUCGGCAGAUCAGUCAUAAAAUCUAUCGACACUGCCUCCCAAGGUCGUUCUGGGGUUGGUAAGGGUUCUAAUAGCCCCGCCGGCGCCCUUUGGCUCGCUGGCAUUGCUCGCACCCUCUUACAUACUCACGUACAUCUUCCCUCACCUUGGGCCACCAAAAUUCCCUGGUGACCAACCACAUGGUUUUGUGUUGUCCAAAAUGCCCCGCCGUAGGGCUGUCGUGCAACUGCUUGAGUACCCCCCCCUUAAGUCUCCUUCAGGGAUAUACAGUGCCCCUUUGUAAUACAAAGCUCCAUUUCUUUCCUCGAAACCCCUGGUUCCUCUCCCUCACCCCUAAGACCUCUGAGCUUAUUCUGGGCGUAUUCAUCAUUCUCUGUUUCCUCUACCAGUUCUCUUUGUCCCACCAAUGCCGCCCCACACACCCAGCGGUCCUCUGGAAUGACAUGUCUCUCUUCGGGUGCUCCCUCCCUCCAAAUAUUCAGGUUUGCGUGAGAGAGCGUCCGCCCUAAUGUUCUCUGGGCCUGGCACGUAACAAAUCUCAAAGUUAAAUUUGGAGAACUCCUGGGCCCAUCUCACUUGCCGUUGGUUGAGCACUCGUGCCGUCCUCCAAUACUCUAGGUUCUUGUGGUCAGUGCACACUUGCACCUUAUGUUGUGCGCCAAUUAGCAGGUGCCUCCAUCUCCGGAACGCCUCAUGAAUGGCUAGUAGUUCUCGGUCAUACACCGUGUAGUUCCUCUCGGAUUUGUUCAGCUUUCGCGAAAAAAGGCACACGGUCUCCACUCUGACUCCUCCUUCCCUGGCUGCAGAAGCACCGCCCCAACCGCUCUGUCUGAUGCGUCAGUUUCCACUCUCAUCGGUUUUUGUAAAUCCACAUGCAGGAGUUGUUGUUCCGAGGCGAAGGCCCUUUUAGUUCCUCAAAUGCUCGCUCCGCCUCCUCAGUCCAAACGAACUUCUUCUUACUGCUGAGACAGUCCGUAAUGGGCGCCGUCAGGUGGGCAAAGUUUCGGAUGAACUUACGAUAGAAGUUCCCAAAUCCUAGGAACCUCUGCACAUCCUUCCUUGUUUUGGGUGUUUUCCAUUCCAGCACCGCCUGGACCUUGCCGGGAUCCAUGGCCAAUCCCUUGUCUGACAGGCGAUACCCCAGGAAUUCCACCUCCUUGGUAUGAAACUGACACUUCUCCAGUUUCACCCACAGCUGGGUGGCUUGCAGCCUGCUCAACACUUCUCUGACGUCUCUCACAUGCUGCUCCUCAUUCUCAGAAUACACCAACACGUCGUCUAAGAAGGCCACACAAUUCUUGUAAAGCAAAGGCCCCAGGACGUGGUUCAUAAACGAUUGAAAGCAUGCGGAGCCUGCUUGGAGGCCGAAGGGCAUAACCAAAUAUUCAAAUGCCCCUAAAGGGGUGAACAUGGUGGUUUUCCAUUCAUCACCCUUCCUUAUUCGUAUCAGGUUGUACGCCCCCCUUAGGUCCAGCUUUGUGAAAAUCUUUCCCUUCCGCACCCUUGUCAAAAUGUCGUCAAUCCUGGGCAUAGGGAAGGCCACUGGUUCUGACACUGCAUUUAAGGCCCUGAAGUCACACACCAGCCUCGGCUUGUUCGUGUUUUUUUAUCCACAAAAACACUGGGCUGCCCCCCACCGCCCUGGACUCUCUGAUGAACCCUCUCUUCAGGUUCUUGUCAAUGAACUCUCUUAGCUCCUGCAUCUCUCUGUCUGACAUGGCGUACAGCUUGCCUACAGGGAGCUGUGCCCCAGGGAGUAAAUUGAUUUGACAGUCAAAGGGUCUAUGCGGGGGUAGUUGGUCAGCUUCCCUUUCGCUGAAGACGUCACGGAGAUCUGCAUAUUGUCGUGGUACCUUCACGUUCUCCGUUACUUCAGUCCCUGCUAGGGUGGCUUGGGCCCCUGCCAAACCCUUCCCUCUUUGCAGUGUUCUAAGCAAUGUGCUGAACCAAAAGAAACCACUCUCUGAUGCCAGCCCACCAGCGGAUCAUGUAACGCUAGCCAGCUCAUCCCCAAUAUAAUGGGAGCUCCUCCCAAGGUGGCCACAUUAAACGCUAUCAGUUCGGUGUGCCUUGCUACCUUCAUUAUCAUUGGGACGGUCUGCAAGCUGACUUCUCCUCCCAACAGCUCCCUGCCAUCGAUCGUGGUCACCUGCAGGGGGUUGCUUAAAGGGAUCGUCUGUAUCUGGUGUUCAGCUGCAAACUCUUUGCUCAUGAAAUUGCAGGAGCUGCCUGAGUCCAACAGCGCCUUUAUCUUUAGAGGGUGUCCGUUUGGCAGCUCUAGCGCCACUUCUAUCACUAGGGCGGGUUUAGGAGGUUCUGGCGUGGGCACUCUCACUGCUCUUUGGCCUGGCUGCUGUGCCCCGACAGUGGCAGCCAGGCGUUGGCUUUUACUUGCUCCGGUAUUUCUUCCUCUCUUCCCUCCACAGCUCCUACCAUCCCUUGCCAUUCCUUCCUCUGGGGGCAGACUCUGGCAAAGUGACCUGGCUGUUGGCAGAGAUAGCAUUUCCGGGCGCCUUUUCCCUCCUUCUUUCCCCUCACUGGGCUUUGAAACUGCGCGCGCGCGCUGUUCCGAUUUCCAUCGGCUCUGCCGGCGGAAAGUUGGCUCUGGCAGGUCGGGAAUGCGGAACUCCUUCCAACGUUCCCCGUCCCUUCCCGCCUCUCCAAUGCUCUCGCCUCCUGGCGCGCUCCUAUGGUCAGCGCUGAUUUGGUCAGCUGGUCCAUAGACUCCGCCCUGGGCGCCCGGGAAAGUUCGUCUUUCACAGCCGAAGAAAGCCCUUCUUCAAAGAGCAUUUGAAUGGGUUCCGCCGAUAAGUCCCACCCCAAUCUGUGAACCAGCAUGGUGAACUCAGUCCAGUACUCACGGACAGAUCGGCUCCCCUGUUUGCAAGCCAUUAACUGUCUGCGCACCACUCCCUGUUCAAUAUCGCUGGAAAACAUCAGAUCCAUGGCGCGAAAGAACUUCAUCGUGUCCUUUAGGACGUCACUAUUCGCUGCCAUCAGGGGUCUAACCCAGUCUCUCGCCUCCUUUUCAAGAUGCUCAAUCACGAAAGCCACUCGUGAUUCCUCGUCAGGGAAUUCAUCAAACUGCAGAUUGAGGGCAUAUUGCAUCUCUGUCCGAAAGCCAUGAUAGUCUUUGGGCUCCCCCCCAAACUUCUGCACCAAUCCUGGUACCUUUCUGGCGAGCUGGGUGGCUUUCCCUUUUGUCUGCAUCCUGAGCCCUCCUCUCCUCAAGCCUCGCCGUCUGCAUCGCUAGCUGGACCUCCAACACCCGGUACCUUUCUUCCAGGCUUGGACCCGCUCCAGCUCCUGCUUCUCCGGUUCCGGCUGGGUUGCUCAUGAUGCCUUCUCCUGCACAAGCUGCUUUCAAAGACUGUCGGAAUGCUGUGAUGGGAUGAUGAGCUGCUUGUGCGUAAAAUCGUAUCCCCUCAGAGUUUGUUCAAGUCCACAAACCUCUGUCUGUGACGGAGCCCCUCAGACAUGGCUCCUCUAGUCACUAGCAGAUUCCGACAGUGGUUGCUUUCGGAAUCGCUUCCAACAUAAAAGCUCCUUAACGGAAACACGUCUUCUGGACUCUCUGCGUGUCAGUUUCCGGCGAGGAGUGGGUGUCCCUACAGGAGGUCCUGAAACCUCCCCACUGUUUUCGCUGGAAGUGUCUCUGAGCCAUCCCUCCAGCUCACUUUCCCUCAGCUCAGCUCCUCUCCCCCUACUGGUUCCCUCUUCAGCUGCUGAGUCUCUCCCAACCUGUGUGAGCCCUUUCACCUCCCUUCCUUCCGAUGGCAGUUCCCUGACAGAGGCAUAUAAUUUGGAUAAGAAAAUUGGCUUCCAGGUGGAAAAAUCAAAAUUGGAAACAGAACCGUUAGAACCCAAAACCAAGAUUUUGUCAAAGAUGUAUAACUUGCUGUUGAAAUGGAAUACUCAGGAUGAAACGGUGAAAUCUGCUAUGAUUAAAUGGGCACAAGAUGUUGGACAUAACAUAAUGAUGGCUGACUGGGAACAGUUAUGGACCACAGGUAUGAAGUUUAUGGCAUGUAAUGCCUUAAGAGAGAAUAUUAUGAAAAUGAUUUACAGGUGGAACAUGACCCCAGUCAAGCUUGCAAAAAUCUAUCAUUUGCCCGAUAAUAAAUGUUGGAAAUGUAAAGAAACUGAAGGUACAUUCUUUCACUUUUGGUGGACGUGCCCAAGGAUUAAGGCUUUCUGGGAGAUGAUUUAUAAUGAAAUGAAAAAGGUAUUUAAAUAUACCUUUCUGAAGAAACCAGAGGCCUUUCUCCUGGGCAUGGUUGGCCAAUUGGUGUUAAAGAAGGAUAGAACUUUCUUUAUGUAUGCUGCAACAGCAGCAAGAAUACUUAUUGCAAAGUAUUGGAAGACACAAGAUUUACCCACUCUGGAAGAAUGGCAGAUGAAGGUGAUGGACUAUAUGGAACUGGCGGAAAUGACUGGCAGAAUCCGAGACCAGGGAGAAGAGUCGGUGGAAGAAGAUUGGAAGAAAUUUAAAAACUAUCUACAGAAAUACUGCAAAAUUAAUGAAUGUUAGAAUGAUGUUGGAAUGAAGUUAAGUGGUUUUUAGCAGCAAUGUUAUAAAGGAAUAUGUAAAAAUGGAUUGUUAACAGGUGAUAAUCUAAAGUUAUAAUAUAUUAAGAUAGAAGAUUAAGAUAAAUUUAAAGAGGGAAAGGAAUUGCUGAACUAACUAAUUGAACUGGAAUACAAAAAAGGGAGGUGUGAGGAGGUCAGGGAAACAAGCAAAUGAAAGAUAAGAUAUGGAAAGACUGAUUUGUUUUUAACUGUUUUUACCUUGUAUUUUCAUUUUCGUUUUUUUUUCUUUUCUUUUACUUUUUUCUCUUAUUUUUGUAAUAUGCUGAAACUUUAAUAAAUAUCUUAUAAAAAAAAUAGUACCCUUAUUAUGAACAGGAGAAUGUACUUUUUCAGGCUUCCAUUGAGUUUUAGUUUUGAUCUGGCUGACUUCCGAGCUGCAACUUGGUUCUGAGGAAUUGCACAAGAUCAUUUAAAAAUUAUGCUUCUAUACACGUUCCUUCUAGCUGUGAAGAUUUGUGCAAGUUGGUAGCUGCACUGACAGGAAUGUAGUAGCAGGUAGAUUGAUUUAAACCAAGAGGAUUUAAAUUGAUGAUUUACUGUACUAAGGUCAGGGUACUAAUUAUGCUGCAUAAAGCCUUAAAACAGCUUGGGACCAGGAUGCCUUAAAGGCCACCUCACCUGCUAUAUAUACCUGGUUGAUCACAGUGCUCUGCAGGUGAGGGUCUGCUGCAGAUACCAUUUUAUGAGGAGGUCUGUUCUGCACAAUGCAGGAAUCCAGCUUUUAGUGGUGUGGCACCAACCCUUUGGAUUCCCGCCCCCCUUUGAAUAUUAGACUAGUGCUAUUUCAGUUGCCUUGACACCUACUGAAUACCUUCAUCUUUCAAUAAGCCUUUUAAGUUGAGAUCUGACCUAACUGCAUCUAUAUUGGAAUUGUUUUAGCUUUAGUUUUUAUUGUUUUAUCACUUGUUUGCUACCCUGGGCUCCUUUGGAAGGAAAGGCAAAAUAAAUUAUAGGCUAGGAAUGACUUAAUUAGCUCUGUCAGAGGAAGCACAAUUAUUAUUUUGUAGUAUUAUUAUUACUACAAAACAAUCAGUAAGAAAAAGAGUUGAUUUAAAUCAAGUUUCUUAUUGAUGCUUGUUUCCUAAACAUUUGCCUUUGCUAGGGGACUUGCUUCUGUCAACUUUGCACCUGUCAAAGUUAGCCCUAGCUGUGGUACCCACUGGACCAUAGAAGUUCCCUACCCCUGGUAUACAUGGCUGCAGCCUAAACUCUGUUAAUUUACAAUUGAAUAGAGUACCGUAUUUUUCGCCCUAUAGGACGCACCGUCCCAUAAGGCGCACCUAGUUUUUUUGGGGGGAAAUAAAGGGAAAAAAAUUAUUUCCCCCCCCCAGGCGCGGGGCUGGGGCGGGGGAGGCCCGAGCUUCCCCCGACCCCAGCCCCCAAACAGGCAGCUCUCUGCAAGCCGUGGGAGCCCAGUGCUAGCUCCGCUGCUUGUGGAGAGGUCCGCGAAGCCUGGACGCGCUGAUCUCAGCGCGCGCAGGCUUCGGCAUGCAGGCAACUCUCCACAAGCAGCAGGAGCGCUCCCGCUGCUUGCGGAGAGGUCCGCAAAGCCUGGACGCGCUGAUCUCAGCGCGCGCAGGCUUCGGCAUGCCGGCACCUCUCCGCAAGCAGCGGGAGCGCUCCCGCUGUUUGCGGAGAGGUCCGCAAAGCCUGGAGAGCGAGAGGGGGGGGGGCGCACUGACCCCGCUCGCUCUCCAGGCUUCAGCGAAGCCUGCAUUCGCCCCAUAGGACGCACACACAUUUCCCCUUCAUUUUUGGAGGGGAAAAAGUGCGUCCUAUAGGGCGAAAAAUACGGUAGUAUUUUCAGUAUUAAAUCUCUUUGCUGCCUGUGUUUGGCAGGUAGAAUGUAAAUAUGCAUACUUUAGAAAUGAUCAAAUUGGUUCUUCAGUUACAUAGAAAAGACUCAUUUAAAUCAAUGUAUUUGGUAGAGGUAUUACUUUUAGUUUUGAGAUUAGGGAUAACAUAUUUAUAUGCAAGUUAUUUUAUAGUAGUGGGAAGAGCCUGGCGCUGUCCAGAAAUUUGAAGAAAUUUGUUAAAAUGUGAUUGUAAAUGGAUAGUGUCAUGUGUGAGUUUUAAGGAACCAGGCCUGAAUCAAUUGGGGAGGGGGAAGCCAAUGGUUAAUUAGGGUCAGUUUUUUCCACCGUCUUGAAUCAAAAUGGCACCUGAUGUCCCAACAUAGGCAAAGACUUCCACCUCCACUUCUGGAACUCUUGCUGAGUCCAACCUGUCCAAAUUGGUGCAGAGUGGGACUGUCAGGUUAAAUUUGUUGAAGACCUGCCAAAUGGGACAACAAUAUCUUCAGAGGUGCCCAAAUCAGCAUAGUUUGUACCUGAUACACACACAAAAAGGAAGAAGCCACACCAAAGUCAGGUUUCAGUCCAUUUGAUUCAAAAUGGCACCUGGCACCCAACUUUUGACAAAUAUCACUGAAGGAACCCUUGUGCCAGGUUUGGUGACGUAAUCUCAAGAGAUGGCCAAACCUAUGCCAAAAAAUAGGCAAAGUCAUGCCAAAAUGAUGUUUUGGUCUGCCAUCUUAAUUCAAAAUGGUGCCUGGCAUCAACUAAGUCUGCCACCCUCACCUUGGGAACCGUUGUGCCAACUUUGGCAACGAUAUCUCAAGAAGUGCCAAACUCAGAGAACAGACAGAUAGGCCAAACUGUUUCCAAAAUAUAUAGAAGAUUAUUUUAUUUUUUAAUGUUGUUGCUUUUUAAACCCAUUCACAUUUGUGUUUGGGGGCUGGGGCUGCUUGGCAUUUUGUAUAUCAGAUUGUGUAAAUGCCUCAAGUUCAUAUCUAGAGUGACAUAUCUAGAUUGGCAGAAGAGAAUGGAACAGCAAAGAUUCUCUUCUGCCAGUCCAUUCAUGGCUGCUGCUUCUCCCACCACCCCUUUUAUUAAAGAGAUAUUAGAAGCAAAAGUAUUCAGCCUUUCAUAUAUGCACAGAAUAAUUGGCUUGCUUCUGCAACAGGUUGUGCACAUUUGCCUGUGAGUUGGGAUGGCAUUAUUAUAUUGCUAUAUUGUAUUACAAGGAAUCAUUUACUCUUCCCACAGACCAGUUGCAAGGCUUGCCUAAUAUAUGCAGUGUGUUCUCCUGAUCCAAGAGCUUGGACUUUGGGGAAGAAGGGAUUUGUGCAAUGCAAGCACCAUAGCACUUCUGCUUUUGCCUCUGGAUUGAAAACUGAUGUCCACAGUUAAUUUAGUACUUGGUCGCAAUUCCAGGUCCGCAAAACAGAAGUAAGGUUUGCCUGUUAGGUUAGCCACUUUCCAUGUACAUUUGUUCAGUGAAAUAUUGUGUUUUAUUACAAUUCAGGUAAAGCAUUGUAAUGUUGCAAGAGAUUAUGGUGGUGUUGGUCUUAACAUUGUUUAGUUGAGUUACUCUAAUGCAGGCAUAGGCAAACUUCAGAUGUUUUGGGACUACAACUCCCAUCAUCCCUGACCACUGGUCCUGUUAGCUAGGGAUGAUGGGAGUUGUAGUCCCAAAACAUCUGGAGGGCCAAGUUUGCCUAUGCCUGCUCUAAUGUCAUGGUGGUUGUGGAGGAAGCGCAGCUUUGUUGCCAUGGUCUGAGCUACUCAGAGAUCAAGGGAGGCAGGAGAAGGACAUGGAAAAAGAGAGAAAGAGGGAAAACUUAGGAAAACAGGCCUGAGAGGGCAGCAGCCCAAGACAAGCAGGCAGUAUUGGGAAAGGAGGGUUUGGAUUAGAGAGAGGGAGCAGUGUCAGGGAGAAGAAGGAACCUAGGAAGAGAGAGGGGCUGCGGGUCAUUCAAUAGAUAGACAAAUGCAUCUGACAAAGUAGGCUUUAGUCCACGGCAGCUUAUGCUGUGUUAGGGAAGGGGCCACAAGGUUCUUAUGCGGUAUCUGAAUGUUCUCAUGAAAAGCGUGCAGGUGUAGGUGCAUAAAAUGAUUUCACCUGCCUUUUGAAUUAUUAUAUUGGCAUGUCUUUGGCAGUUGCAGGAAGCUGAGCUCAGUUGCGGGCAUGGAAACCUGCCGCAUUUCUGGCAAUUGAUGUGUAACUGCUGAUGUGUGGGAAGCAUUUGUGAUGACUGUGUGCAGUAAGGGAAUCCCUUGAUGAGCAGCUAGUUUUGCCAGAAGACCACUUUGACAAGAGGGGUGGGUGGGAAGAGAACCAGCGCUCCUGAACCUCAAGUCUGCUGAUGAGUCCUGCUGCCAUAAGGGUGCCUGUGUACUUUAAUAAUGAUAUGUGCCCACUGUUUCUCUUCUCCCCUCUCCCCUUUACUUCUGAGCAACGCCAGGUGCUUGCUGUUGCUCUGUAUUUCAAUGCCUGUGAAGCUAUACUGUAUAUGGACAGCCUGUGGGGCCAAUAGGCAUGCUGUGAAAAUCACAGCUUUUUUAAAAAAAUGAUUUUUUUUAGUACCAGUUUUUUAAAAAUCCUAUGAUUAGCAGAGCCAAGUUUUUAUUAAUAUAAUGUGAAGGAAAGGGCCAGAAAUGUAGAUGUUACUGUGCUGGGUACAGACAAAAAAGGGGGGAAAGGCUUGCCUUUCAUUUUUAUGAUUUCCUAUUCUCAUUGCUAAAAGUGUGUCUUUGCCAGAAAUUCCUUUUAUGUAAGUUGUUUCUAGCUUGAAGUCUCCGUGUCUGACCCCUGUUCUGCAUCUCAAGGUAACUUUAAAACAGGAAGUGUACAAAGGAGGUUAGUGAUGACUGGAGCAGCCAAUCCAGCCUCUGUGAUCUUCCUAGAUAAAGGGGCUUAGCCAAUGAGAUGCAGGCGGAGGCGAGGUUUGGUGUCAAAUAGCAUGCUAGAUUGAAUGUCUUUGACUGUUAAAGUGGAAGGAGGCUGCACAGUGUUUCAUUGGAGUCUCUGGGAGUUUUUCACUGAGGCAGGGGUCAGCUGAAAGACAAAGAAAAAUGGCGAAUAGUUUGUUGGGAGGGCAGCUGUUCAGUUUUGUACCACAGUGGACACUCCAGAGACCUUUUCCUGCAUCUCCUGCUGCCUUUGUUUCCUCUUCCUCCACCUCUGGUUUUGUGUGUGUUUGUGUGGAGAAGGGCUAGGAAUGACUUAAUUAGCUCUGUCAGAGGAAGCACAAUUAACUGCACAUAAAAUAAACGCAAUCCCUGGUAAGUUUUUUUAAUUGUUUUUGUUUUGUUUUCUAUGUAGCGUUCCUAGCUGUAACCAAGAAUCCAAGAGUGCAGAUAAGUUGAAACUGUCUCAGAAAAUGGCCCCUUUGCAUUCCUUGCAUACCUUACGGAGGAGCACCUACGUUACCUUGCUCUCCUUGGCUUGUGCAUGCCCUUUAGCUGGCUCCCCGUCCUCCCCCCCCCACCCCCCGCUUGCCCCCACUUCUGUAGCUGUAAAAGGAGAUGUGUGAGGAAAGAGAUUAAUUUGUGCAGAGAUGCCUAAUCUUUUGUGCAAGAUCUGGGUUGAAAACCUGGAACUCUUUCUCUCCCCCCCCCCCUUUCCCCUCCUGAUAAUUUGUCUUUGUUCAAAUGCACUGAAGCUUUCAUAGAAGGAGAAAAACAUAAGGGAGUUGUUCUUCAAAUGCCCUUUUGAUUUUGGGAAAUACAAAGAACAUUGGCAACACAUUUGGAGGAGUGGGGGUGUAGGGAGGAGAGUUAGCAUUAACCUGCUCCCUUGCUAUAUACCAUUCAGUCUUUAGUAGCUGAGGCCUUAAACUGAUACAUUACUCUGUACAUAUUAGCGUUAAUGUAGGUGCCAUGCAUUUGUAAAUCUUGGCAACAUUUUUUCACCUGUCAUCUCCCCCCCCCCCCGCCCCCCAGUGUUUAUAAAGCUUCAGUGAGGGGGGUGUAUUACUUGCUUAAAUCACCAUCGUUCUGAGCAGCAGCUGUCAUUCUGUAUUGUAUUGCAUAUAUCAUAAAGUCAGUUUCCAUGUGCUGUGAUCUGAAAACCUUUGCAGCAACCACAUUUUGUUGAUGUGGGAAAGUAAGGGGACAGAGAAGGGUUUAAUCUCUUGCCCUUGUAGUUUCUGCCUCUUAUCUAGGUUAAGUGAGACAAGUUUUUCCUUUGGUCACAGGCUACUAAAGACUUUGCUGUGGGUACCAAAAGACUUGCAUCUCUUUUGCAGACUUCUGCUUUCUUUUGACAAGUAUUAGAAGGCUUUUGCUUUUCUUCUUAGUUGUAAGUAGAUGAUGAAGGUCACUGGGAUGUUCCUACCACUGAGAUCAGUCAUCCUUUACUGGAAGAAGGGGAACAAGUGCAGUCUGGAAUGGGUUACCUGUUUGCAUAGAGUAAAGACUGACACUCAUGGCUUUUUUAUUUUUUACAUUUCUCCCUCCUCGUAGUUGGAAUGGUGUUGCAGUAAAAGUUGCUGGAGCAAGGCCUUCCUUUGCUAACAAGAGUGACCUUGAAGCACUGCUUCUCUGAGUUUUAACGAUUGAAGGACAAAGUUUGUUUAUGCUGUUCUUAGCUAUCAAGAAGCAUCUGGAUUAGGAGGAGGCUGAAGAGUUAUUUGUAAUACCUGAGCAAAACCAUAGUUGGUAUAAGUAAGUGGAAGACUGAAACUGAAGCCAUUUAAACAAAAAUCCUUGAAAUUGUUCUCCCUCCCCCCCCCCUUGCCUCAGUCCCAAAGUUUCCAAAGGAUUGUGAUAUUUAAGAUGAUAAGGAAUGUUGUUUUCUGUCCUUAUAUCCUGCCUAACCUUUCUCCACUGGCUUUGGGAGUUAAAUUUUGAGUGUUCAAAGCAGGUUGCCAGCUCCCCCCCCCAAUGUAAUGGGGUGAUGAGCAGGGGCACAACUUAAUUUUGCAUCAACAUUAAACAUAGUGUUAACAUAAGAGUGUCUCUUGGAAAUAAACUUUACCAAGUGUCAGUUUCUAAGGAUGGAUUUUACACCACCCUUCAAGAAUCAGCUGUUCAUGACUGAGGGUGGCAAGCAUCCAGCCACCCAUUAGCCUUGUUGGCUCAAAAUUGGCCCUGGUGUCUUGAGUUGCUGAAGGGGACAGGAAGCUUGUUUCUCCUCCUCCACUGCCCUGACCCCAUGUAUGCUGCUGGCAUGUGUGUGUGUGUGUGUGUGUGUGUGUGUGUGUGUGUUUGUGUGAGGGAGAGAGAGAGAGAUUGUGAGAUUGCUGCUGUCUUCAGCUACCUCUAACUUCAUUUGUCCCCGUUUGCAAGCAGCAACCCCUUGCUGGACAUAGAUCUCCCAAACAGAUGCUCUGGUUGCCCAGUAGCAGCUCUCACUUAACUGCAAAAGCAAGAUAUCCCAUUUCAUGGAUGUCCUCAGGUCUCCCAUCCCCCCCACCCCCAGCUGGCACCGAAGUUUUGCAAAUGUCUAUGCAUCCUUGUUUCUGCUGUAGUUAAGAACUUAGGGCACAUUCCUGAAAUGAAUAGCAACAUCAGUGGAGCUUGUACAGUAGAGCUUCCUUGUGGAUUGUGCCAAUGGCAUAUUCUGUGUACAUUGCUACACUUAUUCCUUCCAACUAGCUUCUGUAUUGCCCGAAUAUUAGCUCCUCAUGGAAGGGAUUGAUAAGAUUCAAGCCAAGCCUAUUGGUCACCACCAUCCUUAAAUGCAUAGACUCUGCUUUGCACGUAUAAAGGUGUGUUAGGAAACUGCAGAACUGGCCUUUUUAUGAAUCAUAAACCAGGCAUUGUUUUGCUUUUAUCCUAGCACCCCAGUUUCUCAAGAUUGACCCUGUUUUCGCUAAAGCUUGCAGUUCAGUGUCCUAGAUAAAAUGAAAGCAUGCCUCCUGUCCCUUUAUUCAAGUCAUUGAACCCAGUGGCAAAUAGAGGAUAGCAGUAGAUCUCCAUUUAAAGGAUUGAUGAUGUCACUCAAAAUGUGAUUGCCAUUUUAGUGACAUUAACAAGAGUAUUGCUCUGUUCAGUCUUAUUCAGGAGCUCGACUGAAGUCUUCACUUCUGUUUGACAAAAUUUAGGCUGUCAUUAGGUUGUUAUACAGGUUUUGGAGAAGAUGAGGUUAUUGAAGUGCAUUUUUGAGGGAAGUCUGAAGGAAGUAGGAGUCUUGACUAUGAGGAGGACAUCUUUAGAGAAGGGCUACAUGGAAAAGAAUGAUGGAACAUCAGAACUGUUUACCAUGGCUUUUAGGCUGUUUGAUGCUUUUCAGACAUGCAUUCUAGGGAACCUUGGGGAUCCUUGCAGCUUUUUAGGUGUUCUAUAAUGAGAUGACUAAUAAUGGCGGACAAGCUCAUUUUCAGGGUAUCUUGCUCACUACUGCCAUUUUCCUCCCUCAGUGGUUUGUGCUAACCAUAGUUUAGAACCCAAACCAUGCUUUGAGCUUCCCCAAAGCACUAGGCAAACCUGUCUUAAAGGUGCCUGUCUGCUUUCAUUUGCCACGCACUCAGCUUUUUUCGAUGGUGUAAUAGCCUCUGAUAUUAUUGUUCUGUUACCUCCAAUAUGGUUUGUUUAUGUAUGUUAACACAUAGUUGGCAUAGACCAUGUUUUGUAAAUGCACUUCUGGCUAUGGUUUAUGAUAAAUAGCUUAUGGAACAUUUAUGUGUGGGCAUUGUCAGGUGUUAUAAUAUCAAUAACUUCUUGUAUCUCUUCAACCUUGUGAAAGCAUUUGGAAGCAUGCAUACUAAAUAGUUGCUAUAACUAUUAAACAUACUUGUUUGCAGCUAUAUAGAGUCUUCAGUGUAGCAGCAUUUUAGAAUGCCUUUCAUCAUUCAUCUUAUGUGCCUUUUAUACUGCAGAAUUACUGCUGCUUAGGGCUAAGGAACAUAUUUCUAUUAACUUUCUUUGUAAGGAUGCUAAGCAAGAUCACUUACAUGAAGGCUGAGGCUGCAAUCCCAUGCCCAUUUUUUCGACUAAGUCCUAUUUGAAUACAGUGGUACUUCUUUCAAGUAUGCAUAAGAUUGAGUUGUAACUGUUCCAAAAGUAAAGACUAGGAGUUACUAGGCAAAAUAGCAUCUCCAUGCGAUACAAACUUUUAAUGUCCAUGCUUUCGCUUAGUAGAGCCAGUGUUAGAAACAUAGAUAUAUAAGCUAGGUGCCAAACCAGGGUUAUAGUCGCCAAAAUGGAGUGUCUAGUUGCCAUUUUGGGGCCCGACAGCUUGAAAGCUGUAUUUUUCAAUACAUCUUUUUGGUUCCUGAAAUUCAUUCUGAUUGUGCAGAUAAAAUAUAGCAGGUUGAAUUCUACGGGAUGUGUUGCUAAUGCAUGAAAACAGUCAAAAUCCAAGGAUCCCCAGGCAUGCACCUGCAGAUGGUGGAGAUGUAAGGCACCAUACUGGUGCCCAGGCAUCUUCACUUGGUCACAAGUGGUCAAUAGCCAGGUGCUAAAUUUCAAUUUUCAAUUUCAAACUCUGAGUAGAGUCAUAAGCAUUUAUGGAGAACUAUACAUGUUGCACAGUUCAAGUUGUUGGAUGUGCAAUUCCUGGUUGCUAGUCCCUGAGUCCAGUCGGAAAUCCACAUGUAUAUAGCAUUUGUUAUAACUACAUGUUAUAAUAAUUAACCUAAGUAGUUAGAUAUCCUCUCCAGUGAUUCUUGUUUACGUAGAAAAAACAAAUUUUACCACAAUGUUUGAUAGGUGGAAAUGAAUCAGUUUUAAAACUCUGACUGUAUUCACAUGACCAUGUCCUAGUUUAUUAUCAUUUAGUAUGCAAUUCUGUUGCUCCUCCCUUUGCAUGAGUGGCAAAACAAACCAGGAAGCUGCACGUAGCCUUAGUUUCCCAUUACACUACAUACAAAUGGAAAUUGUGUUUAAUGGCUUCCAUCCAAUUUUAAACACACCCUAUAACAAUUUGUAUUAAACUGAUACCCCACACCCUACAGAUUAAAUGUUUUGUAUGUCACUUUGAGAGAAUCUUAUAGAUAAAUUAAAUAGAAAAUUGACAACUAAUCUAUGAUCUGGAAAUAUUGUACAUAUAGCAGACUCUCACUAACAGUGUAAUGUUUGAGACAUAGGUACGCAUAUACAUAUGUAUUUAAUAACCUGAUUUCCAUCAUCCUUGCGUCUGUAUGUGUUUUUGGAUGGAGGAGGAUUGCAGAACUUGGGCAUUACACACAGUGCUGUAAGUUCAAGAGGACUAUGGUAGUGGUAGGAGGUGGUGCACAUAGAAUCUGCCACCCGAACGAACACAUACACACUACUCCCAGAUUGCAAAUGUGUGACUUGGCCAUAAAAAGAAAGGGUGUGAUUGAAUUAUAUGGAAUAAUAAUUGGCCAGUGUUCGAAACUCCCAUUGUUCUAGGCACAUUUUGCGACAGGGAAUUUCAUUAGUGUGAGCAGUUUCUGAGCUCAGGGCACAGUACUGUGCAUAAGAUUUCAGUUUAAAACUGCAGAGUGGAAGGAAAGGGGGAUCUUUUCUGCCUCCCCACUUCCAGCUACUCUCUGAAGUCUGGAGAAGAGACCUCCUUAAGAAUAUUAGGGGAAGGACUGGACCAUGUGAAAAAUGAACACAAUAUUAUAGCUGCAGUUCAUUCAUUUUCAGCUUUUUGUGUUCUUGUUAUGAAAAAGUGUGCCUAGACAUUCUGUUUUGGCACCCAUAACCUAGGUUUAAGGUGCCAUUUAGCCCCUAGCUUUCAUAUCUCAGUUUCUAACACUGUAAUUAGCUUAUGCUUUCACUAAAAGUUAUUCUAUCCUUUAGUCCUUUUAACACAAGCCAAUGAAAAAUAAUUAGAAUAAUUACUUUUUCUAAAAAGAAAAAGAAAAAAAGAUUGGAACUUUUCAGCAUACAAUACCAUAAAAAACUAAAAAAAAUUAGAAUAUUUUUUUAAGGAUAGAAUAUUUACACCAUCUGCAAUCAUAAAGGAUAAGGGAUUACAAAUAAUGUUUAGCCAGCUUUGUAAAAAUCAAGAAAGUCUACAUUUGUUGAGUGUGGUGCUUAAGAAAUGUUUUGAAAACAUAAUUCUCCCAGAGGCUGAGAAUGAAUUGCAGAGAAUGGAGGAAGCAGUCUGUACCCUCUACAGUUAGAACUUCUUAGAGCUUCCAUUAAAUGCAACAUGGAAUGAAAAAUAACAGAAGUUGGACUCACAUUGCUGUGCUUGCUGUGGUUCAGUAGUUGGUUCAGAACAUUUAAGUUUUCAGUUGUUAUAAUCUGGUCAUUGAUGUUGACCUGGGCCAACUUCUUGAGUUGGUAAAGACCACCUACGAGAUGCUCAGAUCACACAAUGGCCAAAGGUGGCCAAAGUGUAGAUCACAAGACAUGUAGCUGACCCUCUCAUUGUUGCAGUACAGCCAGUACACAAUUAUCUGUGAAAAUGUGUGGCACCUCGUACUAAAUUUGGAUGACUUGGGAAAGUGUCUAGGAAUAAGCAGCUGUGAGCCUCAGAGGCCAGAUUUGGCUCCUGAAGGUAGACUAUCUCUUUAAUUGUCCACUCAGAGGUUUGAUGAAAAUUCUAGCUCCCAUGUUUUCCUGCAGUGAUACAGUAAAUAUGUUCUUUUAAGAGGCCACCAAGAAGACAUAAAGGAAGCUUCCUUAUACUGAGUCAGACCAAUAUGACAUUAGAUACCUGACAAGUGACUUGUUCCACUCACCUGUCUAAGGUCCUUAUGCAGUGCUUCUGAGUUGUCCAUCAGCCAGCUGGUUGUCAGGUAUUUGCAACAGCUUUGGGUUCAAACUUGUUUUCUGAAGGUGUCAGCUGCAUAAGUCAGUUCUCUACUAAAAAGCUAGGUUUUAGCAGCAGUUUCAAUACAAACUGUUUUGUGCUAUGAUGAUAACAAUAAUAAUAAUUAUUUAUACCCCGCCCAUCUGGCUGGGUUUCCCCAUUUACUCUGGGCGGCUCCCAAUCAAAUAUUAAAAACACAAUACAGCAUUAAACAUUAAAAACUUCCCAAAACAGGGCCACCUUCAGAUGUCUUUUAAAAGUAGGAUAGUUGCUUAUUUCCUUGACAUCUGAUGAGAGGGCAUUCCACAGGGCGGGUGACACUACUGAGAAGGCCCUCUGCUGGGUUCCCUGUAGCUUCACUUCUUGCAGUGAGGGAACCACCAGAAGGUCCUCGACGCUCGACCUCAGUGCUGAACGAUGGGGGUGGAGACGCUCCUUCAGGUAUACAGGACCAAGGCCAUUUAGGGCUUUAAAGGUCAGCACCAACACUUUGAAUUGUGUUAUUGAUGGGGGCAGGAAAGUGUCUUGCUCCACCAAAGGAACAAUUGGGAACUCAUUAAGCCCCUAAUAGUUCCUUAGUAGCCACAUUGGUACCUGCCCCACAACUGAUGUCACAUGUGAUCUAUUCCAGGCCAGAUUUUGCCCAUGACCUGGAGGCAUAGCUGUCAACCUUCCCUUUUUUUGCAGGACAUUCCCUUAUUCCAGCACCGUUUUCCGCUGCUUCCUGCUGCUAUCCUGGAUUGUUAGAUAUCCCAUAGACUGUCCCCGGGACAGGUGAGGCUGCUGAUCCCUUAUUUUCGAGGCUGCUGAUCCCUUAUUUUCAAAUCUGAAAGUUGACAGCUAUGCCUGGAGGUUCCCCACCCCUGGUUUGAACUGACUAGCAGCAGCUUUCCAAGGUCUCAAACAAGGGUCCUUCCCAGCCCUAUCAGGAGAUGCCAGGGACUGAACAUGGGAACUUUUCUAUACUGAAUGUGUGCUCUGCUACUGAGCUACAGCCGUUCUCCCCAAUAGGAAGUUAAAUCUUACCUAUUUCUAAAAUGUGUGUGUGUGUUUUGUUUAGUUUUUUUGGAAAAUGUAUAUAAAAUACUGCUCAAGAUUACUGUUUUUAAACAGUGUCUUAGGGUCCAAGACGCGGGUGGCGCUGUGGGUAAAACCUCAGUUCCUAGGACUUGUCGAUCGUAUGGUCGGCGGUUCGAAUCCCCACAGCGGGGUGAGCUCCCGUCGUUCGGUCCCAGCUCCUGCCCACCUAGCAGUUCGAAAGCACUCUUAAGUGCAAGUAGAUAAAUAGCGGGAAGGUAAACGGCGUUUCCGUGUGCUGCGCUGGUGCUGGCUCGCCAGCUGCAGCUUCGUCACGCUGGCCACGUGACCCGGAAGUGUCUUCGGACGGCGCCAGCUCACGGCCUCUAGAGCGAGAUGAGCACGCAACCCUAGAGUCGGACGCGACUGGCCCGUACGGGCAGGGGUACCUUAGGGUCCAAGAAACUAGUCUCUUAACACUUUGGAAAGAUGAAUGGGCAGGUGCAGAUUAGGGUGGGAUCAGUGUGCCUUAAGCAUGAGGUCUCCUGUUUUUCAGAAUGUUAUCAGCUUAAAAGAGAGCACACCACAGAGUUCACCCUCAAAUCACAAAACUUAAAGGACAAACCACACCACCUGUGUACUAUUCAGCACAUGACACGCAGUGUUUCACCCCUGAGUUUCAGUCUUUUCUGACUUACAUUUAACAACAUAUCUAAAUUACAAUGUUGAAUCAAUCUUUUCUAAGGUGGUUCCACAUUUGGAAAGUACCUUGCUAACCUGGAAAAUCUGAAUGGUUGUGAGGAAAUGUAAAAUAAUGAGCCGUUUGAUAAACUAGACCCAGUAAAUGUUUAACUUUGGAAGUACCAUUUUUAUUUAUGUCCUUGAACUGUUCUGUUUAAAGACAACUACAAUAGAUGGAAAUAGCGAUGCCAAUGAGUUUUGCUUUUCUCUUAAUACAUUACUUUUUAAAACUAGCAAGUGAAGCAUUUUCCAAAUGGACUGUGAUUGUGGUGGGGCACCAGCAAAAGGUCAUUUCUUCUCUUGGUGAGCAUUUAGCUUAUUGCCUUUCUUCUGGAAUUUUGCUGCAUGCUGUUUCUGUAGCCACUUGUGAUUCCUCCGUCUGCUUGUAAAUUGAAAAUCCUCCGACCUUGCAUGAAAGAAACUGCCAAGGCAACUGUGUUUCACCAGUGUCUCAAGUUUUUGAGUACAUGAAUUGGAUUAUGUAUGGUGCGGCUUUACUUAACUUCUUAUUCUUUAUUUUGUGGGCACAAUUUGUGCUUAGCUACUCUUAAUUGUGUGGAUUAUAAACACUUAACAAAAAUAAGUUAGUGAAAGUAAACUUUUCCACAAGUUAACAGCCAGGUUAAGAGCCACAGAUUCUUUUUCAUAUAUGUGGAAAUGUUAGCACUUAAGUAUCUAUUUAAGAAGAGAUGGUUAUAAAACCAACACAAUAGAACCAAAUCAGUUAUGCUUCUAAGAGGCAGUGCCAUGUCUGCACCUUGAGAGAUUCUAUGAUCAGAAUAAACAUGCUGGUUACAAGUUCCUUUUUCAGUACCCCUCUUGUGUUCCCACUUUCUUGGUCUACUUCAUGCAUCUGGUGGGAAGUUGGUUACUGCAUAUAAAAGUUUACUCUGGCUUUUUGCUGUUUUGCUCUGACUUAUUUUCAACUUCCUUGUGCAGCCAUGACAACUAGAAACGAUCUUAAAAGUUGAAAGAGUCAAUAAGUCAAUUACUGUGCUGCCCAGUGCAUUUGUAAUGCAUGGGAUACACACUUCACUGCCAAUAGAAAAUGUCUCUUGCUAGAUGAUAAGGACUUUGCCAGACCCAGCCAAUGAUUCCUGUAGGCAUGUGUUUUGUUUCCAAGAGUGGACAGCCAUGUGCUUCUGGGAAACUUGCCUGAAGGCAAUGGCUCCUCCCUGUUGCUUGCCCCACCCAUCACUUGAGAUAUAUAAAGGUUUUAUUUAUCUAAUGUGACCAGUAACUGUUGAUAGAUCUAUCCCCCAUGAAUUGCCUAGUCCCUUUUUAAGGCCGUCUGGCCAUAACCAUAUAUUUUACUGUGUGCACAAUGGGGGAAUGGAACUAGGACUAGGCAUGCUUGCCUUAACACAUAAUGACACGACACUUAUUUCUAUGUUCUUAUGCCAUCCUCUGGGUGUACAUAAACCUUCUCUCUUGUUUUUUGAGGGCGAGGUGAUUCUCUACUUUGUGUGUAGACUUUCCAGCCAGUAAUUUUGUGGACAAAAUUUCAGUUUGUGUAGCUGUAGAGGUGCAAGUAGUGUUGGAAGAAAUAAUUUAGGUCCAGCCAUGGAACUCCAUCCUAAGGGAAGUCAGGCAGUUCUCUCCCCCGCCAUCCCCACCACCCCUUUCUUGUAUUCAGCAAACAUGUAAAUACUUAUUUGGCCAAUAGUUUUAUGAAGGAUAGUACUGCUUUUAACAUCUGUCUGUGGUGUGUAGUUUUGAAUUGCUUUUACAUAAUUUUAUUGUGAGCUGCCAUAGUCUCCUUUUGGGAAGGAAGAGUGGAAUAUAAAUUUGGAAUAAAUUCACUUUCUAGAUGUCAGCUUCAGCCUAAGUGUUGGGUGGCUUUGUCACAAGCCCUUUUUAGCCUGGGCGCUUUCUAACUUUCGAUGCAGAUCUACAUAUUUAUAUAUCCCUAUGCAUACACACACAAUUGGCCUCUAAUGGGAAGAUCAGCUUUAUUUUGAAAGUUCACUUGCAUUGAGUAUGUAAAAAUAGAUCCUUGUGUCAUCUUCACAUGAGAUGUCAGACUUGUAUGGGUUCUUUCCACUGCCACUGCAAGUAUGUAUAGAGUUUACACAUUUUGACUCAUGUGAAACUACAAUGAAACAGUUGGAGCUAGCUGAGACUUCCCAGUAAAUACAUGGGGUUGAUGUGGGAUUGGGACACUAUGUAUUCCAGACCCAAGUUCCGUUAUCCCAUUAUACGGUGCUAUCUCUUUAAAAGAAAAGCAGGUGCAUUUAUUCUUUCUGCAUCUAAAUUUUGAAUAAAUUAAUGUUAAAGCAACACACCAUAUUGUCUCUUGUUGUAUUUUGCAUUUUUAAAUAUUGGCAAGCCCGAACUAUUUCAGUUCAGUUUCCUGCAAUUUAAGGGGGGGUGAGGGAGAAAUCUGAUUGACAUUGGCAAUGGCCCAGUUCACACAUCACGGUAAGCCAUAGUUAAUUGCUUACCGUGAAUGAGCAGCAUGCUAGCAUGUACUGCCUGAUUGCUCCCAUUUUGCUCUUCCCCAAUAGCAUUUGUGUUGGUUGUCCUUGCAUCCAAAUUGGAGGUCAUGGUUUGUUUCUCCCUGACAAACAGUUAUCAUUAAAUCAUGGUUUAUUCUUGGCUUCCUGAUCAUGGUUGUUAGGGAUAAACAAAUGAUAAUCCCAGUUUGGACAUAACAGCAGUCCAGGCUUCAUGGCUUGUUACUCCUUCUUGUGGCAAAGGAGCAACAAGUGGAGUGACUGGGCACCAUGUACCCUGCUUGCUCACAGGGAGCCAUUGACCAUGGCUUCCUGUGAUGUGUGAACUGGGUUUGAGAAAUACUUAAACCAGAGGUAAGGGCUGAAACAACAACAUGGUGCCUUCCCAGAUAUUUUGAAAUUGCACUCCCAUAAGCCACAGGCAGUAGUCAGGAGUGAUAGGGACUAGAGUCCAUAGUAUCAAAUGAGUUCAGGUUGUAUGGUUUAGCUCUGUCUCCCAUGCAUAUUGUGCACAAUAUCUUGUAGGCAUAGUGUGCCUACGACAGUGUAGGUUGCUUGUGAAAGUGAGCAGGAAUGUUGCCAAGCUUGUAGGAAGCUUGUAGGCCAGACUUGCACUGAAGGCAUUGGGGGAGCCAUAGUUGAACAGCUGGGCUACAGUUGAGCAACUGUUGUGCAGCUCUGGAUGGAGGAACUCUUGUCCUUUCAGCAAAUAGCUUGAUAAAGAACCAAAUGUUGUUCUUUUUCCUGGCUUUGCUGCUAUAGCAUGAUAUUGUUUAAAAGAAAUAAAAUUAAGCUUCAGUUUGGGGGAAUCAUAUGUCAUGUAGAUGGUUAUUGAUACUGAAUAAUGUUAUCUGAUAACAAAAGUACACAUUUUGCUUGCUGUUUCUCACUGAUUAGGUCAGUUGCUAAAAAGAGAAACAUUGCUUGUGAAUUUUGCAGAGUGGUAUAAAGCUUGAAGCAAACAUCCUUGGGACUGGUGUAUGUGUCAUUGUAUGCUCAAAUUAUUCCCCUCCCGUUCUUUUUUCCGUUUAUUUGUGUUAGGGAUGAGGAGAGAAACCAGUAUAAGAAAAGUGAAUGUAAAAUGAACCCAUAUUUUGGAAACUCCUAUUGCUGAGAAUAUGCAGCAGUUUUCAGUGUUGUUUUUGUAAGAUAAAUAUAGCAUACCACAGUUCAACAUGGAAAAUUAAUACACGCUUUAAAAGCAUCUACGUAUAUAUGCAACAACUCCAGAAUGGGAAGCGGGAUCUCAUUUAUAUGCAGUUCCAAAGCAAUCCAAUAUUUUUAAUAUAAGCAAAUAAAGUAUAUAUGUUGCAUUCUUGCCAUCACCAUCUAAUGAUGUUGGAAAUCUUUCUGGUAGCCAUGUCCCCUCCCAACCUUUACUAAGCAUUUCCCCAUGUGUUUUCAAACUUUUGUCAUUUGCACUGAGAGCUAGAAACUUUUCUUACUGGUAUUGAAAACGAAAAUUUUAGGCUUAAAUAGCAUAUGUGCCUAGCAUUCUUCAAGGUAUUGUUUUUUGAAAUUCUGCCCAGAGAAACUGGGGGGUUCCUGAACGAGAAAAUCAGUAAUGUUGGGAAAUCCUCCCUGAAAUGUGUGUCGCCUACAGAAGUCGGACACAGUCGCAAUUCAAGUGGGCUGAUGGCGAGGCUGAAGUUCCUCAGCAAAGAUGUGGAAAAUGUUCUCUGAAGGUGGAAAGUUUGAAAAACCACUGUAAGCAAUUUAGUUUUGUGAGCAGAGGUGCGAUAUGUUAAAGCGUUCACCCAAAUGUAGGAUGCAACAAUGGGGGCAGAAAUGCUAUUUUGCUAUCUCUUGCUUUCCUGUGAUUGUUGAAUGAAAGUUAGCACCUUAAAGUUUCUAGUAGACUUUUCAUUCUGCAAACAACUUACUAAAUCAGGCUCCAUUUCUUCUCCCUGAUACUUUUUAAAGGAAGCACUGAUGUUUAGGUUUUAAAGCAUCGUGUAAAAACAGGAAACUUUUUAAAAGAAUACCAUAAAGUAGAAUAAUGUGGCUGUUUUUGCAGGUAUGCCAUUGGCUACUUGACUUCCAGUUCUUGCCAGCAUGUAGCUGAUGCAGGAAGACACAGAUUUUUGUCAACCUUCAUAAUCCCCUCCCACAACAAUAAGGGGAUAAUGAUAAUGGUUUGUGUUAAGAUGGAACGACACCUUACACUCAGCAUAAUGCUGCCUCUGAAAAUGGCAGCUCUGUUGAGUUCUCUCUCCCCUUCUUUCACAUUUAGGCCUGUUUCCCUGUGUGGUAGUGACUUCUUCAUUUCAUGUGUUUCCAUGCCAGUGGCAACCAGUGUUGCAGGCUGGUGUAUAGCACCAUAUGAUGAUAUACUACACAAAGAAGUGUGCCUAAACUUCUGCAGAGAGGGUGUGGUGGAGAGAAACUUGAAGUGGGGCUGUCACUUCUGGCACUAGCACCAUGUCAAAGAGAACAUGGCAUCUUCCUAGAGUUAACAAUUCCGGAGGCAAUGUAUGUGAAGUGCUUUAAGAGCAUCAGUAAGGCUGCCCUGCCCUGCUCUGGUCAACCUAUUGCUUGACCUAGUAAGAGAGGAUUGAAGCACUUUAGUCUCAGGGACACUCUGUGCCAAUAGGCAACUUAGAAAAACAAGUACACAUUUUCAACUAUGUUAGAGAAUAGCUACGAAUAAAAAGGUUUGAUUUAUGUCCCCCCAUAUUUCCUAGACUCAUUAUGGGAAAAAGAAAUCAAACUUCUUCCUCUCUUCUCCUGCUCCACACAUUUUGUGCCAGAUACUUUUACUUCAGUCCCAAACUGAUUCUGUUCCAUUGCUGUUCUGUUAUUUUUUCUGAAUGUGAUUCCCGCCCCCCAGAUGUAUCUUUAAAAUAGUUUGAUCUUUUAUUUUUUUGUGAGAUAUACCAUAAAAAACACCCAAAUUGUGGUAUAACUGAUAGCGAACAUUUUUUCAAGUGACUGGCAUGUUUUAUUCUUUUUCUCUCCCUUUAGCACAAGGCAGAGGUUAAAUAGAUUGGGAUGCAAAAUAGCUACUGAGAGGGGGAAAUUGCAGGGUGAUGGGAUCAUAUAUUGAUUUUGCUUUUUGAGUGAAUUAUAUUGCUGCUUGAAAGGAGAAAGUCCUGCCUGGUUCUAGUGUGCUAAUAUUGAAAGAUCAGUUACAUAAGAGAUUCCUGCCAGGACAGAGCAGAUCUGGGGGAUUAGUUUGUGUGUCCUUAAAUCAAGACUUGCCUUCAUGUUGGGAAAACAUAUAGGCACGCCUUUCAAUCGCUGAUGUUCUUAAACAUUUCUAAGCAUCUGAAGGCAAACAAUGUUAAUUGUUAAAAGAGAUAUAAACCCCCUAGUAAAUUUUAUGCCAGUAUGUGUGUUCUCUUGUCAAGGAACAGUCUCUUAACCCUUUUAUCCCCUUUAGGAGAACACUUCCACAUACUAGCUUAUUUGCUGAGGACCCCUCUGUUGCUGAGCAUUCUGGGGCUGGGACAAUAUCCUGAAAUGUUCUCAGUUCACCUGAGAUAUUAAGCCAUUAUUUCUUGCCAUCAUCCCACAAAAACUGUGUGUGCUGUAAAAUACUAUGCAGUUUAAUUUUACUGGGGGAACUGGUAGUGGUGGGCAAGCUUUCUGGGAAGCUUGGUCAUCAUUCUUGUUCUUCUGUUUGAAAAUUCCAGAUAAGCCUUUGCUUUACAUAAAAGGCUAGAAAAUAAAAUAUAAAUGUCUGAUGGAAAUCUGAUGUGAAAAUCUGGAAUAAUCUCCCAUGGACAGCGCAAGAACAUAAUACAGUGGGACCUCGGGUUACAUACGCUUCAGGUUACAGACUCCGCUAACCCAGAAACAGUACCUCGGGUUAAGAACUUUGCUUCAGGAUGAGAACAGAAAUCGUGCUCUGGCGGCAUGGCAGCAGCAGGAGGCCCCAUUAGCUAAAGUGGUGCUUCAGGUUAAGAACAGUUUCAGGUUAAGAACGGACCUCCGGAACGAAUUAAAUACUUAACCCGAGGUACCACUGUAGAACUAUGAUGCCAACUUAAAGAUGGACUAAAAGUAAUUUUGGAAGGUGUAUUUUGGGUCAUCGUCUAUAUGAUUCCUGAAGGUUUCUUCCCCCACCUCAUGGACAAGGUGUUUGCACUGGUGUGGAAGUACAUGUAUCUUGCAUGAGCAGGUUGACUGCUCAGUACAACGCAAUGUAAGUGCCAUGCCCUGCUGCAUGUACCACCACUAUGCAGAAGUGUCUUUUGGAUCCCCCAGGGUGGAGCAGAAUACACAAAGUGGCCCACUGGGGUCGGAGCACAAUCCACACCACCAUAUAUGACUAUGUAUUAAGUUAUUUCCCUUCCUCAGAGGCCUAAUUACGGUAGAUUCUGCAGUGAGAUGAUAUGUUGGGUGGUGUGGUCUUGUCAUUUGGACCUGUUUGCUCUGCAGGUGCUUUUCUGUUGCAAGCUUGCUCUGGCCUGCUGUGAUAUAGAUUGCAUCAGUAAACAAUGUGCUUGCAGCUGGUGGGGGUUUGCCCUGCUUUUGUUGCCCGGGAUCAGGCUGCAUAUUGCCUUGGUCUUUUCAGCUCCACAUGAAUUAUCUAUUUGGUAUAUAUUAUGGAAAUUGCAUACACGUGGCAGCAUAACUUAUUAGGGUUGUCAACUAAUUGCAUAUUUGAGUGGAUUGAUUACAUUUAAAUAAGUAUGUUCUAAAGAAGCUGCGAGCGAUCUUUUAUUUUCUCAAGAUAUUGCAGAUGCUGUGCCAUUAGGGAGUAUUCAUCAAAAUCCAGUCUUAGAAAACUUAACCAGUCCUAGCUAACUUCUGAUUUUUCCUUUUCUUUUAUACCAGCAGAAUUUAUUGUUCUCCAUGGAGUUGUAUCUGCAAACUUAAGUACUAAUAAUUUUCCACAAUAGAAUUAUUUAGCACUGUGGUUGCUAUUUUUUUAAGCAAUAGGUUGUUGCUUUACAUAGCAUAAGCCAAGGUCCAGAUGCUAGCUGCCCCAGGACCACGGCAUUCUCAACAUUCUUUGGGGAGUGGAGCACUCUUCCCUUUCUCGGCCUGAGUAAAAGUCCAAAAUAAACCCCACCACACACAAUAGAUCAUAAGUCAGUGGGAAUCAUACCCACUUAUGUUAGAAUUGUUCCUGGCCCCCAGCCAUUUCCCAUUACGCCACUAUGCAGAAAGAUUGCUUUCUUUAAAAGUCUGAAUGAAAACAAUCUCUGGUUUUCUUCUCCCCUCUAUGCAAACUUAGGAAGGUAUAUUUAACACAGUCAUUUCAAAAAACCAGCUGUGGAAUUAUCUUCUGACUAUUAUUAAAUUUUCUUACUUACUUACAAACUUAAAUUUUCUCUGGCCAAUCCAGGCUUUUGUCCCCUGUAAAAAAACUAGUAUACAAUCUCCUCCUGGAGUUUCUUAUCACUUCUCAGGUGAAGGCAAGAAAGAGGUAUCUUCUCCUUUGGGAUAUUCUCUUCCAUCUAAACAUGAGGCAGGGCCAGCUGAAGAUUGGCUUCUCAGGAGGGCUCUUCAGUUUCACUGAUAGGCUCUGCCUAGCAGCUGUGAGGCUAGGUCUCAAUUUGUUCUGAAAAAGUGCUGAUUUCUGUAUUUCCCCCUUUUAAUUGUUGUUUUCUUCUUCUUCUUCCCUUCUGACAUAACUGUCGUAAAUGAGGAAGUACUUACCUUAUGAGCAGUACAGUCAUGGAGCUUCAAGUUCCUACCAGACUGCAAUUCCAAACAAUUCUGUGCCUGAUAGCAGCUCUUAGGAAGUUAGGAGAAAUGUACCACCUCUUCGCAUCCAUUUCAUUAAAAGUCUUUGAAGGGAUAAUGCUAGGGAACACUUGUUUCCUAGCUAGAAUGUGAAUUGUAUUCUCAUUUUACAUUUAGGAAUGUCUUCUGUUUCUGUGGCCAUCGUGCUAUCAAAAGAUACUUAAGGCAAUAUUUCUCAAGGUCAUCAGUGAAUUGGAAACCUUUUCCUCCCAGACCUAAGCUAGGGUGAUCUGAAGUUCAUAUAUAUCAUUUAUAAACUUUUUCAAAAAGCAUCAUACAAAGCAGUCAAUUUACCAUCAAAAAUGUUAAAUCGACAACAACAUUGAAAGAGCAUAACAAUAUACAACCGUAACAAGUGUCUGCAAGCCAAGAAAUGUUAACUUAAAUGCCAAACAAUCUAGUUAUUUAUUUUUCCGACAUAUUUGCUCUGACAAAAGACCCACAGGGCUCAGUAGAAUUUAAUACAUGUGUAUGAGUACUGUACUGAGAUUGCAAUCUUGGUGAACAAAAAUAUCUGAAUUAAAAUAGUGGAAUGUAGGCUUUUGGGGAGACUGUUUUACAAUGUAGGUGCUAUGGCAGAGAAAGCUCUAAUGUAGCCUUCUCCAGCCCUUCAGAUACUGCUAACUAAAACUCCCAUCAGCUCCAGCCAAAACAACCAUUCCUAAUCUGAAGGAAUCAGAAGAAUCAUGUGGGUUAAUAAACUCCCAAAAGUACACUGCUUGGUCACAAAUGCAAAAUGUAAGAUCUUUCUGAAAGGUACUGUAUAUAAGAAUAGAAUCUGUGGAGAAGUCCUUUGUGUCUUCUCAAGCCUCUUAAGAAAAUUUUAGGAAUGAAGGAGAAUUGUGGGAAGGCUUUGCAUUUGCUCUUCAUGUCCCAAAGCCAUCUGAGGACCUUUGAAAUGUGAACUCUACAGCUCCUCAAGACAGUUCUGCUUCUAACAUGUCUCUUAAUUUCUUUCUAGCUUCCAAAAUGUCCACAGAUGGGGGCUUUGGCUCAGGAGGCAACAGUGAUGCCCAGCAAUGCCUUCAGUCUUUUUGGCCUCGGGUCAUGGAGGAGAUUCGAAAUCUAACAGUGGUAAGUUAUUCCAUUAAAAAAACCAACCCAGAACUUUCAGGUGAUAUUUGCGGCAUUAUUGAGGAGGAGUUAUUGUUCACUAGAUUAGUGAACAAUAACUCCUCCUCCUCCUCCUCUACAAGGGAUUGCUGAUUAUUAUGCUGCCUUCUCAAGGGGGGUGGGGGGUGGGAAAAGAUUGAAUUUCUGAUUUUUUUGGUAACUGUGUCCUUCUUACCUCCAAUAAACUCAGCAAUACAAGCAGGGGGCCAUAGAACUAUAGAGUUAGAAGAGAGCUCGAGGGUCAUCUAGUCCAACCCCCGGCAAUGCAAGAAUGUCAAUUAAGCAUCCAUGACAGAUGGUCAUCCAACCUCUGCUUAAAAAUAUCUGAUGGAGGAGAGGCCACCACCUCUCAUGGGAGUCUGUUCCACUGUCAAACAGCUCUUACUUUCAGAAAGUUCUUCCUGAUGUUUAGUCAGAACCUCCUUUCCUGUGCCUUGAAGCCAUUGGUUUGGGUCCAACCCUCUGGAGCAGGAGAAAACAAGUUUGCUCCAUCUUCCAUGCAGCAUCCCUUUCACAAGAGAGAAUUGCUUCCUGUGCUGCCUUUUUGCAAAGCUUUGCAGUACAGAGAAGAUUCUACGAGGGACCACAUCUGUAGAGUUGGAUUCUGUGUAGGGGCAAGUCUAUAAUAUUUGCCUUUCCAGGGGUAUGAUUUGCUCAGUUCUCUUACUGAAUAGAACACGAAGAAAUGCAGUGUUUUGUGUGUGUCCAGUAACAGAACGUAGCCCCAUGCCUACCCAUAGAACAGGGGUCAGCAAACUUCCUCAGGGGGCCAGUCCACUGUCCCUCAGACCUUGUGGAGGGCCGGACUAUAAUUCCUAUGCACACUGCGAGGGGGGCAAGUAGUCCUCCUCCCCACCCCCAGCCCCAUCCAGCCCCAGCUGCCUUCUUGGUUUGCUGCCUGCCUCAUUCGCCGAAGAGCUGGUGGCAGUGGUGCCAAAAGGCUUCCUCCCCGCCUAGAGAAAGAAGGCGCUGCGCUUACCUUCCCAGGGGCUGCCGCCACCGCCGCUUCUCGUGAAGCGGGUAGGCAGAGGAAGCUCGUCCGUUCCACUCUCUGGCCCACAGGAGCACCAGGGUGGCGGUGGUGGGAGGAAGAGGCCAAGCGUCGGCGGCUCUGCCAGUCAAACACCACUGAGGUAAACCAGGCGCGGUGUUCCUCCCAUCGCCAUCACCAGGAGUUGCAGGUUCCGGCUUUGCUGCAUGGGCCGGAUUUAGGACCCAGGUGGGCCUGAUCCUGCCUGGGGGCUGUAGUUUGCCGACCCCUGCCAUAGAACUACAAGAGACACAUAUGUUCAGGUCAGAAAAUGUAUUGUUUGCCUUUGUGGGUGGGUAGGGUUGUGCAGCUGAGGUGGAUGGCAGGUAUCUGGUCUUCUGUACAGUUUUCCGUCAUUCACCAUUCCUUCAUGCUACCUGCAGUCCCACAGAAGUGAUUGUGCCUGUUGUAGAUGCCUCACUUAGGUGGAGUUGUCAUCUGAUUGCCACCCAGACUAAGCAUGGACAUUCAUAUCUUUAGCUAGCGCAUGUGAUUUUCUUACAUUUUAUUUAUUUCUGUUUUUAAUUUAUUGAGCACCUUCCCAUUUUUUUUAAAAAAGCUCAAGGUGGCAAAUUUGAAAUGAGGAAAAUACAUAGAACUAAAUGUUAGUCAUUUUUAGCUACAAUAAAUACUAAAUGUGGCAACACACAGGCUUAAAUGCCGGAAUAAAUCAGCCUGUUAAAAUCAGACGGUAAAAGCAUUUCCAAAUAAUAAGGUCUUUGCUUUCUGGAGGACUUGAUGUAAUGAAGAGGUCUCUCUUGGGAGGCUACUUCACAAUAUGUGUGGGAUCACUGAAAAUAAAUGGGGCCCAUGCCUUCACAAAUCGCAUCUCUCUAAUAGAAGCUCAGUGGUGUGAUGCAUGUUCAGAGGAAUCUUGGAAAAGAGGAGUAGACAAAUUUGCAGAGGUUAGGUUUUUUAGUGCCUGUUAAUCAUGAUGGUCAAAUGAAAUCGCGAAGGUGAGAGGCAGUGAGCCUCUGAAUACCAGUUAGGAGGGCACAAUCUGAAGGGCUUUUCUGGAGCAUCUCCAUGCUGCAGUGGAUGGACCAAACAGGACUCUUGCAUUCAGAAAGUUUUUCAUAUGGUUCAUUGGCCUGAGGUCCAGUGCCUUUUAUAAAUUUGUGAAGGAACUAAACUCAUAACAUAGUUGAUUUACAGGUGAAUAAGACCCCUUUAGAGACCUGCAUCGCCACCAAUUGGAUAUAAUUCUCCAUUUUUUGAAUAUUUUAAAUUAAGACACAUCAUAAAUAAUCAAUUGCAGAAACAUACACAUCUCUGAGAAAAUUCUAAAUUUGAAUGGUUAGUUACCAUGCCUCCUACAAAUCUGGUAAGUAAAAACUAUACUUUGAUUCCCAGUCAGGAGUACAAUACCUUUUAGACCUUUCUCCCACUUCUUUUUAAAUCAACAAAUUUAUGAAGAAGUUUGGACCUGUUUGUUGAAGAAUUUACCUUAGAGAGUAAUCAGUAUUAGAGUGAUAUAAUUGUAAAUAAACCCUAGAGCCCACCUUGGAACCAGCAGGCUAAAGAUAAAUUUCCCAUUUGGAUCUGAUGCUUAGAGCUGCCUUUUUGGAGGCCAGUGGAAAGAUAUUGAUGCAUAAAAAUCAGAAUUAAUUAUGUUCCUUUAGUAAACAUAGCUCUGACAUGUAGGAGCUGCAAGUCUGAGAUUUCAUCUCAUUGGUAAAACGUCUUCUGCAGCUUUCCAAAAAGGGGCAGGUUUUUGGUGUGGUUUUUGGGGGGUUUUUUAGUACUCUGAUCACGUGAUUCAAUUUAUUACACUGUGAAUGAACAAAACAUUGAAUGUCAAGCUAUAACCCUUCUGCCUGAGUGGAAAUUUUAAUAGGGACUGUGGAAGAAAGAUAAUUACAAAAAAGCCCUCUACAGCUAUACUCUGUUUAUAAUCAUUGCUGAAAUUACGUUUUGUACAGCCAGUCCACUAAAUGUUCCUCUAUGCAAAUAGAGGUCCUGAUUUGCCUGUACUAUGCAAUUGGCGGGUGUACAAAAUGUUCAGAUUCUGCUUCUGUUUGAUGUGACCUUGGUGUCUGUUGUUGGGCUAUAUGUAUCCAAUGAAAUCAAUGGGCCCAAGUCCCACUUCAGUCAUAUGCCUGAUCUGGGUGUGAGACAUCGAGGCAUUGGUUUGUAUUUCAUGCUAGUCCUGCUCAGAGUAGACCCAUUGAAAUAAGUGAAAAUGACAGUGUUCAAUUCUUUAAUUUCAGUGUGACUACCGAGUCAAAUUGAGUUGGAUACAACUCUUACUGAUGGUAUCCCUCUUGGCUGUUCGGAGAGAUCAGUAGAAGAAAAACUUUCUUUCUUUCUUUCUUUCUUUCUUUCUUUCUUUCUUUCUCCCAUAUUUUUCUAGCUUAAGGAGACUACUUACACAUUGGAGCACACCUUGUGUUGCAGGGAAGCAGCUGUUUUCAGAGUAACAUGUCUGCCAUUCUUGAUCUUUUAACUGAAGAAUGGUUGUUGAUGUUCCAAGGAAUCCUGGUGUUUCUUGAAAUACAUUUGGACAACCACUGUCCUAAACCUCUGGGCUGUAUUUGACAUGGUGUUAAUUCCAUUAUUUGGAAUUAACCACAAGGUGUUAAUUCCAUUAUUUGUAGGAGACAGUGGAGAUUAUGGUAACACAAAGUUUUUGCAAUGCACUUUUCCAAGUGUUUCCCAUAUUAUUUUGGUCAUCCUUUAACAACCUGCUGAAAUAGGCCAACAUAAUUCUCAUGCAGCUAGCAUAUUACUGUGCUAAUUUCUCUCAGAAUGCAGCCUGUUGUACAUCACGGCUACCAAUAUGCUGAGUUCUUCAAAGUUGCACAUUGUCACCUCUGUAAUUUCAACAUCUGCAAGAAGCUGCUGGGCAAGAUCUUCCUGAGCUUUGGUAUGCAGUGUCACCUAUAUGCUGAUGGUGCCAGUGUGUGUGAUCUAAGCAUUUGGGAGCUUCUUUCUCUCUGGAACCAGUGUUUGCUUUGUUUGUGCACACAAGGGUUGACAGUUGAAUCCAAGAACAGUGCAGAUAAAUGUCCAUCGAGGUCAAGAGGUCUCCUGCCACUCAGUUCUUUUCACAGACUGCUUACUUGAUGGCUGUUCUUCUCAAAUGAUCUUGAAGUUUCAACGGGCGUGAAAAGGCAUCACUGGUGAAAAGUGCAGAAUCAUGGGUGUCUAUACUACAUACAGUAGCAGCUGUACUGACCUUUUAGAUUCUAGGCCCACUUCAGAGGGCAGUUGUUGGAUCUUUAAAGAUCAUAUUGCACCCUGGACCCUGCAUAACUGGGAGUGCCCCUAUAUUAAUCCCGAUGGUUGUUAAGAUCUACUGGUGAGGUUCUGCUUAGAAACAUCUCUUCAUAAGCAGUCGCAACAGCUGGAAGAUAAAUCAGAAUCUCUUUUGUACUUUUAUAGUGACCCUGAAGCUGUAGAAAUUUUCCCUUGAACUUUAGAAAUGCCUGUCCACUCUGACCUUGGGGGUGGGGAGAUAACAGAACAUAAUUUAUUAGAGCAGGAUUCAUUUUUAGGAUAACUAAGAGUUGACUUUGCUGCUGCUAAGCCUGUUUUGUUUUUGCUUUUUUGAAUUGGGUAAUUGUCAGGUGCCUUUCCUAACAAUCCCUGUGGAUAUUUUGAUUUUAUUACAGAAGCCAAACUGUCCUUUUCAGAUCUGUGGGUCACUUGCAUAACCAUAGCAAUGGCACUCUAAUGAAGGGGAGCAGGAGCAGCUCCAAAUGUUAAGUGACCACAUUUGUCCUCCCUCAGGGCAGUCUUUUCAACCUGGUGCCCUCCAGACGUUUUAGACUGCAACUCCCAUCAACCCCAGCCAGUACAGUAGUAGCCCAAAACAUCUGGAGGGCACCAGGUUGAAAAAGGCUGCCUAAAGGAAAAAUAGACAAUCUCCAGUACAAUAUGUUUGUAAACCAGCUUGUGUUAGCUAAUUUUUUUUUUUAGUAGAUGGCUUUGACUGUCCUUUUCUAGACUGAAUUGUGUGUACCAGAGUGAUACAAAGUCUCUUCUUUUCCAUUGAUCUCUGCAGAAAGAUUUCAGAGUUCAGGAACUUCCAUUGGCACGCAUAAAGAAGAUCAUGAAACUAGAUGAAGAUGUAAAGGUAAAAUUCCUGUAAAAAAUGUUGAGUUUUGACAUUUGCAAGUCAAUAAAUUUGUUCUGAGCAUAUUUAAUAUUAAAAAACACAUCCCUGCUUGAUUCCUCUUCCCAAAUUGGUAACAAAGCAAACUCCAGGCACUAUUGGAUAUUCUGGAUCACCCAGACCCAUUUCAGUCCAGAUAAAGGCCAGGGUUUGGCAAAGAGACAACCUUGGUCACCCUGAAAUAUGACCUCUGUCAGGAAAGAGCUGGGAGUUUACUCCUGCUUAGUUUGUUCUUGAUCUGUCAAUAUCUUCUGAUACCAUUUAUUAUGGUUAUCUUGCUGGAUUGGUUAUGUUGGUUGGGAGACGCAGUGAUUUUGGUGGGUCCACUUGUAUCUGCAGGAUUAAUUUCAGAACAUAGCACUGGGGGAUUUAUGCCUGACCCCAUGGCAUUUGAGCUUGUCCUUGCUUUUUCACAUCUAUAUGAAACUGGUGGUUGAGGUCAUCUGGGGAUUUGCAGUGUCAUCAGUAUGCAGAUAAUACACAGCUCUCUUUCUCCUGGUCUUUUGGAUCAGGAGAGGCUAUGGAAGUUCUGAACCCCUGUCUGUAGACUCAAUAUUAGCUAAAUGAGGUUCAAUAAACAGAAGAUGAAAUGCCUUUUCUGGCAUUGUGCAUGUAGUUGUGUUUGUGUCUUAAAUUGUAUUUUUUUAUACUUCAGAACGUUUUAUUUAUAUGCAAUUUUAACUAAGUAAACUCAUGAUUGGCUAAUACUUCUUUGACUGACAGUUUUAUUUUUACUGUAUCUGGAAGUGGUGAGGGUUGCACUGAGGCUGACAGUGUGAAAUGAGACAUUUCCUGUUUGAGAGAGGAAGUUUGUCUGUUCUGCAAAUGACUUGGGGAAUUGUCAUAUCCGCUCUUAAACUACAAGGGUGAACAACACAAGUACACCCUCCCUCCCCCCCGCACUAAAGAACACAGAGACCUAACUACCCCUUCUUCUGUAGAUAUAUUAUCACUUGCUGUGACAUUGCUGGCCUUGAGACCUUGCAUCAACUUGGGUUGAAGAGGCCAUGAGGUGCUUUUACAUGUAACACACAUGUGCCACUUCAAGUAGAGCAUGUUACAAAUGUGAUAAUACAAAAAUGAUUUGACAUCUCUUUCCUGUACAUGAGGAAGACCUCUUUCUGGAGUCUGAGCAGCAAAACUUAAGGGUGUGUGGGGACAGACUUUAGCAUCUAGUUAUGUUUUUCUAUAGUCAGAGUAAAUGCACCCUUUCCUUAUUAGAUGAUCAGUGCAGAGGCGCCUGUUCUGUUUGCCAAGGCUGCUCAGAUAUUCAUCACAGAACUGACAUUACGGGCCUGGAUACACACAGAGGACAACAAGCGCAGGACCUUACAGGUAAUGGAAGACUUAUUUCUCAGCUACCUUAAAAGUGCCAUGGCAUCUCCUUCUGCUUUCUGAAUAUUUCUCCAGUAGGGGCUGGGACAGGGGAGUGGAAUGGAGAGUAGACUGGAGCUAUUUGACUUGGGCUUGUAAAACCAAGUUGCAGCACCUUUGCUGCAGAGUGGUGUCAGGAGGAGGAGGAGGCAGUUUGCAAUGGAGAAGCAGCAUUUAGGAACUUAACCCUUCCCCCACUUCCAGACUUUGUUUCCUUUGAAGAUAUAUGUCAGAACCCCAUGGUGCUAAUGGGUGAGGAUAGAGUUGCGAGGAGAAAGUGGCCCUGAGGUGUCUGCAUAUGUGAGGUGGCUAGUAAUAUGAAGUUCUGGCCUCUGUGUUCAGUACAUGUGUGUCCUGAGAACUUCUGUCGAACCUCCAUGUCACCUUUCACCUCCACAUGUUUCAGAUUACUACAGCAGCAGGGCUGGCUGGGACUGAUGGGAGUUGUAGUCCAAAACAUCUGGAGGGCACCAGGUUGGCGAAGGCUGCUCUGUUCAACCUCACCAGUGUCAUUGCCUUUAGAAGUGCAGCUCAGACUUUUGUCGAUGGCUGCCACACUGGUUUGAUACUCGGAAACAAUUUGAAGGCGAAAAGAAUCCCGAAUGUCGGGGGGGGGGGGAGUCCGCUUUCUGAAGUGCUCCUCUGCUUCUGCUUUCAGUUAAUAAUGGUAAUAACUGGUUGGCUGCACUAGUGGUUCGCCUUUCCAAAGGUUCCUGAGCAAAAUUCAUGGGGCUGAAUUCUAGUAGUAAUCCAACAUAAUAAUCAUGGAUUUCAUGCAAGCUGCACUAAGGACCAAAAUAGACAUGAUGCUGAAAGUUCCAUGAUCAGAUCUCAGGAUCCAGAAUUCUCCACCCAAUUUGAGGGUCAGUUAUGGGCAAGUGGACCACCCACGACUCAUUAUAAAGUAGUUGGCUGGUAGUAUUAAAUGAUGUUGCUCCUUUGUGUGAAGCAUACAAGACUUGUGACCUUAACCAGCUGCUGUAGAGUAGCCUUAGGUAGAUUUUGAAUAACAUCCACAUAAUAUUAAAUAAGCAGUGCAUGUGUCCUUGGGUUGAGUAAACUAGCAAAAUUCAAGAUAUCUCUUAUUGAUUGACUUUCCACAAGGCUGUGAAGUUUGAGAAUAACCUUUCCUUACAGUUCUUCUGAUAGCUUCCCACUGCUAAGGAUUCGCUUCUUCAUUGCCAAGUAUCUCUAACGCAGCCUUUCUCAACCUUGGAUCCCCAGAUGUUGUUGAAGUACAACUCUCAUCUUCCCUGACCACUGGUCCUGCUUGUUAGGGGUGAUGGGAGUUGUAGUCCAACAACAUCUUGGGACCCAAGAUGAAGAAAGGCUACUCUAACAUCUAUGAGGUGCUGUUGCUUGUUAAUCUGAGCCUGGUCAAUUCCAGCAGUGUACAGGUGGGCAAGGCUUAAUGUAACCACCACCUUCUCCUUGUUACAGAGAAACGACAUUGCCAUGGCCAUCACUAAGUUUGAUCAGUUUGACUUUCUCAUUGACAUUGUUCCGAGGGAUGAACUUAAACCUCCCAAGCGCCAGGUGAGAGUGAAACAGUCUGUGCCCUGUUUGUGUUUGUUGUCUCUAAAGAUUUUGGCGGGGUGGGGGGAGGGUUUGCCAGUAUUUUUGCCUGUGCUGAUUCCUUCCCCCAAGAUCACCAUACAACAGACAAAAGUGCUUGCCUAGGAUCAAGAUGUCACUAGUCUGGAAGCACUGCAUUGAUUCUAAACUAGCUCUGUUUGCCCCCCAAAACAUAAGGGCACAUAUUCAAAUCUCUUGUGAUGUUGAUGAGAUGAUGGUGAUUUUAUUUCAUUUAUGAAUUGCUUCUUACGCAGCACCUGAAGUGAUUUACAAUAUAACCUAUAUAAAACAAUUACAGAUAUAAAAACAAUUGAUACAAUUGCAUAAAGAAAAUCAGUUUUAAACAACAAGAGCAUUACAUGUUAGACAGCUGAGGUCUUUCGUGAGCAGCAUUUACCACCCUCAAAAUUCUCCAGCCUCCAUUAUCUACCAUUUAGAGAAGUUAGCAGCAAGCCCAUCAGACCAUCUUGCAAUCAGUGUUGAUUGCAUUGUGGAGGUUGGGGAGAUUUGGGACAAUUGGCACUCUGUAGGUGAGCUUGGUCUGGGGAUCCAAAUGGUGCAGUGGAAGCAGCUUCCAGUAGAGCCAUUGCUGCCCUCUCUCCUGAGUGGCCAAGCUCCAUGGUCAGAGGCUAUGGAAGACCGGGCACAAAAUACUGGGUACACCUGAGACAUUGCCUUUGGGGCAGGCAGAUACCUGGAGGUGAUGCACAUAGGAUUGGGGGAAGAAAUAGGGAUAGUGACUUGAAUGAAUGGGUAAGACACAAGAUCCAGACAGUGGAUGUCACACAGAACCGGAUUUUAGACUGUCGUAUAUGAACAAAGUUCAGCUGACCUGCAUGGCCACCAGAGUUCACAUCUUCUCCUUUAGUGGGGGUGGGAAAGAGCUAUUCACUCAGCUUCAACACUCCGCUUUUUGCAUAUAUAUUUAAACUGGGUAUAGCUAGACUGCCAGCCUAUAUUAAAUGAGGCUUAUUCUCAAAACCCUUACCUUUUCUGUCUUGUUGGAGUGACAAAUGGUAUUGCUGGCGCCUUUUGAGAAGAAUAAUUGAAUGUUUUAGAAAUUGUGAAAAGCAGCAUGAGUGUUGAUUUGAAGUGCUGAGCACACACACAUGCACCCUUCUACAGAGGCACAAUUGGGCACUUUAUUAGCUGCACAGCAGGCUCCCAUUACAUAAGCAAUAACCUGUGCACAAUGCCCUCGGUUUAUGCCAGGUGCUUAGAGAUUGGAUACAUACAGGUUUAUGACACUCUCCUCACAGCCAUCUGGAACUUUCAUUAAGGUGCUGACAUCUGACUGGUCAAAACACCUUGUAAGUGUGCUGGUCAAAUAGUUCAAACAUUGACUUCCUAGAGCAACAGUCAGAGAUAAUUAUUCUAAUUUAGAAGAACCACCGUCUUCCAGAAGACUCCAGUUCCUCCAAGAAGCCGUACAGAGCACCAGCCCAGGCCACACUGAGGGCCCAUGUCCUCCCUGCCACAAGGAUUGAGCCACCCCAGGAACGUCACAUCCCAAAUCUUUCUCGGCAGUUGUUGCUCCUGUAAACAUCCUUGACUGGAAGCUGUAUGGUGCUUGAAGGGGCUUUCAGUCGGAUGUUUACAGCGGCAGGCUGCUGCAGUUCUCCUGAAACAUAACGGGUUUGUAUUGAAGAGUCACUGUGAGGCGACAUUUGGGGUUGGAAGCAACUGUGGUGUUAGAGCAGGUUAAGGAUCAACACUUAGGUCACAGCUUUACAUUAAACCACCCUUAGAGAAUAUAUAUAUAUAUAAAACGCCUACAACUAUGUUACCAUCUUUCUUUACUCAUAAAUAGACUUGCAUUUCUGUACAGAUGUUGCUAUAUAAUUUUAUUUAAUUGAAUACUAAGAGCAUUUUGUAUUUUUGUAUCCCACUGUUUUUGUAUCCCACUGUUCCUGAAAAAUGCUGAAGGCGGUGCCUUAUUGUGCCUGUCUUAUAGCAGAGACAAUGUCUUUGGAAGACCUUCAGAGAGAAGUUUGCAGUAAUGUAGCCAUCACUGUACAUGGGACAUUUGCAGUUUCAUGAGCAAAAAAGACAGGUCCCUGGCUCCACAGAAAAUUAUAAACUAAAUUUUGACAGUUCAGGAGGCAACAGGAGUGGGAGGAAAGGAAAGGCUGAAGCAAAUGAAGCUACACAUAAUUAGGCUGGGUUACAUGAACCAGAGACCUUUAAGUAUUCUUAGUAGCAAUAUUGUCAGCAACCCUUUAUUCAGGAGUGGGGAAUUGGUUGCUGGACUGCAACUCCCAUCAUCCUUGACCACUGGCUGUGUUAACUGGGACUGAUGGGAGUUGGAGUCCAAACAUCUGGAGAAGAUCAAGCUGAUGGUCUUCUGCAAGUUUAUUUACUGUGUGGGAAUGUUAGUGUGCAGUUCAAGUGGAGUUAAUAGAUGGCAGUUGCUAAUAUCCCCUUGCAGGAAUGCAACAAAUCACAAUUUAGCUUUCUCUUUCAGGGAUGCAAAAUGCUGUUCCUUUCUGUUAAACACCUUGGAUCCAGGGAGAUUCUGGGGCCAGCUGCUUCCAAAUCAAAUCAAAUACCUCACAAUAUAAAAUACAUCACAAUAUAAAACUUUUCAAAUCACUGGGAUAAUUAAAAGGACAAGGGUGAAGCUGUCAAGGGUUAUAGAAUCACACUGUGGUCAUGUGCACUUAGAUGUUCUGCUACACCCAGUCUAUUUCCCAAGGGGGAGGUCUGUUGGGAACCCUUUUGGGUAAAAUUGUGACUAAAAAUGAGACUACUAGAGCAGUGGUAUCUUUGUCCUGAUCUGCCAGGAGAACCCUCAUUUGAUUUCUUCUCAGAGUUGUGGGCCGGAGAUCCAACAUUUUACUCAGCAUCAGUUGGCGAGGUCUGCUAUGUAAAGGACAAUCUAAGAGAAUGUGGUCCAUUGAAUCUGGUACUUCUUGGUUGCAGGCACACAAACAGACUUGAUAUGGAGUGUGUGAGAAUCUGCCUUUAGUCACUGCAGAAAGGAAAGCUUCCUAUUUGGGCAAGGCUGUCACUGGGGAGCUCCAAGAUUAUCUAAGAGCUUUUACUGGGAAGCUUAAGAUAGCCUUGAUUCCUCAGCUCUGAGGAAGCUGACUCUCCAGGAUUGCUGUAAGGACGGUCUGCUGUCUUUGAAAUUCAAUCUCUCAUCAAUACAGCAGCCUCUGCUUCUGUCAUCUGACAACCACAGGGAGUGCCUGUUUCUGAAUUCCAUUCCUGCUAGUACACCAUGUAUAUGGCUGGAAUUUUGAAAGCUGCUAUAGAAUAAACAUACAGUAAUACUGGAACUAUCACCUGCUUUCUGUGAUUUUAAAAUCCCCCCCACCCGCACUUCAGAAUAUGAUGGAUAUUAUCUCCAGCACAAUUGAUAACUCCAGCAGGGGCACCAUUUCCAGAUGUUCUCAUUGGGCUGUUUUGGUAAUUCUUUUUCCAAAAGAUUUUUGUUCUUAUGCAAACCACAAGGUACCCUACUGAUACCUCCCCUCUUGCAUUGUGACUGUGUCAUUUUGGGUACAUAAGAAUUGGCACUCACUUCUGAACCCCGGAACUUGUGGUCCACAGCACAUACCAAAUUCAAUUCCAAUAUCUCAGUGUGCCGGGGAGAAUGUGCAUGUUGGAAACACAACUGGAAAUGCAGGACAGGUGGUCUGGACCAAAGGCCUCGCUGCCACUCAGCCAGCUGCCAGAUUGCAGGGCAGCCCUUGGUUUUCUAUCCAUAAAGAAAGCAGGUGUGGUGGGAGGGUGAGCUUGCUUAGCUGCAGAGAGAUUCCAAGGAAGCUGCUGAGCAUCAGAGCAAACGCUAGCUUAAUCAGCAGCCCCGGUUCUAGCUGCUUGGGCUGCAACACUCUGAAGAUUUUUCUACUUUCUGUCUUUCCCAGGUCAAUCCCAAAGCAGACUGUGUUUCAGCUGAGCCUUCACUGCAAACAUAGAGUAAGUUAGGUGCCUCAGGAGGCCAAGUGUGGGGAAAGCUGCAGCUCUUUCUCCCUAUUGCAAUCCAAGGAUUGCAACACUUCAGAUUCCAUGGAGAUUUUGUCUAGAAUGAAGUCACCCUCAGCAUCUUAAUAGCUUGCAUUCCUAGUUAAUAUUUUGCAGUGUUCCAGGCAGAAAUGGCUUUACAUCUACCCCAGUUUGAGUUGGGCCACAUCCUGCUGGCAGAUACUUGUUUUCAGCCUAUCUACUAAGCACUUAGCCACCUCAUGUUUGUCACUGGUUUGAAAGCAAACCAGGACCACCGAGAAGUAAUAUAAUGGUUUGUACGUAUUUGGUGAGCUCUCUUGGAACAUAAGUUUGCAAAUUAAAAGAUUUUUAGUUUUGUUUUAUAAAAAACACAACCAAAACAGCCUCACAAGAACUUUCACCAUGUAAUAAAAGCUGGUGUCAUUAGAAGGGGAGGGAGAAGAAACUAGGUGUGUGGGAAGAAGAGGGAAUUGACCUGCUCAAGCUCUUAGCAGUUUAUAGUAAUGAUCCUGGAGGAGGAGGAGGGAUUAGGGUUAGGGAGAUGUUUACCCUUGGGUUAUAAAAUAGAAUUCCGUAGUUAAACCAUGUGCUGCAUGAAGAAGUACUUUUGUCGGUCAUGAAUCUUCCAACAUUCAGCUUCAUUGGAUGUCCACAGUUCCUAGUAUUAUAUGAGAGGGGAAAGAGCUUUUCUCGAUCCACCUUCCUCAUGCCAUGUAUAAUUUUAUAAACUUCUAUCAUGUCAUCUCUUACUCACUCUUUAUCUAAAUUAAAAAAAGGCCCAAUACUGUUACUUUCCCUCAUACUCGAGUUGCACUGGCCCUUUGAUCAUUCUUGUUUCUAUUUUUUUUUUUAAUCCCUUCCAACUCUACCCUUGAGAUGAGGUGACCAGAAUUGUACACAGUAUUCCGAAUAUGGCUGUACCAUAGAUUUGUUUAACAGCAUUAUUUGGGGUUGAUAUCUAGUGUGUCCUUCAGAAAAGCGGGGCUGAGUGGGUUGCAGGCAUGCAUUCUUCUGGCAAAGCAUUAUCCAGUACUUGCGUUGUAAAGAGAGUUUUCCUCCCCUUAAAGCAAUCAACCCUGGAUCUACAGAGUGGGACAGACCAAUAAGUUUGCACAAGAGAUCCUUACAUUAUGUUGAUGGAAUCCAUUCCAGCCAUUCUUGGCGGUCUUGUCUCUUGGCCUCCACUAAUCUACAAGACUACUGGCAGGAGGGCUGGGUGACUGUGACUGCGGUUCAGAAGCAUAAGUCAUUAAAAUCCAAUCACUGUGCAUCCAAAAAUGUUUCAGAAACAAUGAAAGUUGUACUUGAACUAUUCCCCCCCCCCCCAAUUAUGUAUGAGGAUAAUUGCUUUGUGUAACCUGUUUGUCUCUGAUAAGCUUAAGAUGUAAAGUUAGCCAGAAUAACCCACAGGAUCUACAGUUUUGAACACUGGAAGGUGAGGACAUCUUCACACCUUCCUUUUUCCUACAUGGAGAAAAUUUACUCCAUGCUGGGGAGGGGGGAGAGCAUAUUGAAGCCAACUGUGGUUGAACGAAAAAGAGUAAUGAAUGACUUCUAACCCUCAGAUGCAACCAACGCUCCCAAAAAAGGAUUUCAACAUACUUGUAACUAACUUACAGACUUUUCAGCUUCAUAUGCAUGUCUGUGUACUAGGAACUGGAUGUUUGGUGAGCUGCCAUUGAACCAGAAGGUAGUUGUGUAACAGCUUUGCAGAACUGGCGCUCAAGUUGGCAAUUGAAAGGUGACAAGGGUCCAUACCCUGUUUCUUUCUCUACCUUCAAGGAUAGAAAGGAAGUCAAAAGAAAUUGAUUUGCAAGCAGUUUGUGGCGUGUGCUCUACAUAGAACCAGAAUUUCCCAUGCAGCAGCAUGUGUAAACAUCCUACACUCUCAGCUGUGACUUUGUGGUGGCUGGGAGAAGGUUGUUUACGCCUUCUGCCAUGGAUUGUUCAUCUUCAAACAUCUUCAUCUUCUACUUCCAAAUCAUCUCUUACAGGCUGAUUCAAAGUGGGGAAGAGAAUGCUGUUCUUACACAAAAAAACAACCUGAGCCAGGUUUUCAGCCCUAGAUUAUCACCAUAAUUCAUUAUAAUUAACUCACAGCUUUAAUAGGGGCCCAAAAGCAGUCUAUGAAAGCUUCCUGCCCAAAGGUUACGCUGUUUAUUACCCAAUGCUGCCCAUAUCUGCAAGGGGCAGCAACACUAGUCCAGAUGGUACAAAUAAUUUUCUCGGUCUCAUGCUUCCGGAAAGGGCAACCCACCCACCUACACCAUACACACUCAGACAUUUGAGUUACAGAGAAGUUUUCAUCCAGCCUGCAGUGGUUAUGAUCAAGGAGGUAUUUCUGCUCUCCAAAUCCACCUUGGAGAAUUCAGAAUGGGAGUGAUUUUUCUCCUUCUGGAGUUCAUUUAACACCCCACCCUUGCUUCUGGAAGCUCAAGAGUGGCAUAUGAGAGGUUGUCCCAUUUCACCCAUACCUAGGUAGAUUAGAUGGAGAGAUGGCAAGGCACGAUUUGCCCAGUGAACUUCAUAGAUGAGCAAGGAUUUGAACCCUGGUGUUCCCGUUUUCAGGUCACCAUUCUACUGGCUGUAGCACCCUAGAUUUUCAGCUAGAGGACUGCCAUUUUUUCCACUGCUUGUAGUGACAUUCUAGGACAGGCUUCCUCAAACUCGGCCCUCCAGAUGUUUUUGGCCUACAACUCCCAUGAUCCCUAGCUAGCAGGACCAGUGGUCAGGGAUGGUGGGGAUUGUAGUCUCAAAACAUCUGAAGGGCUGAGUAUGAGGAAGCCUGUUCUUGGAGUAUGAAAGCCCACCCCCUUCUUUAAAAAGUGGGGAAAGUACUUAUACCAUAAGAGCACUUUUACAGAUCCCACCCACUACCCACCGAAAACCUUGAGUCAGCUGGGGAUUUCACUAAACUUUGCAGACUUGGAAGAUUGUCUCAUAGACACACACACCACUUUCUGCUAAGACCAAACCCUUGAGGGAUGUCCCAUGUAUGCAGCACACAUUAACCUCUUGUGGCUUCCAUUAAAUAAUUCAAAUUACAAUGAGCUUGGGCAGAAAGCAGGACUGAAUGCUGAGCAAAGUGGCUGAUAGAUGCACAAAACCAAUCAGAUAUAAGGUAUCUGGGUUUGUUUGGGUUUUUUGGUGUCAUGUUUUUGUAUAUAACAAAAAAUCAAUAAAAAAAUUGGGGGACGCACACCAUAAGGUUUCUGACAGUGGAGAGACAGGCAUUGUUCUCUGAUUCCAUUGAAGCCCAUCAUUUUCAGGUCAGUAGGCAUAGGCUUGCUGCAAAUUACUAAGGAUCUGAACAUCCCAUUCCGAAGCACUGCACAGGCUGCUGUACUGGAUAUCACAAAGAGGACUUUGGCUGAUGAACUCUGCUUUUCCAUCCCCUUUUUUUCCUUUGGCACAGGAGGAGGUACGCCAGGCUGUGACCCCGGCAGAGCCUGUCCAGUACUACUUCACACUUGCUCAGCAGCCUGCAGCUGUCCAGGUUCAGGGGCAGCAGCAAGGGCAGCAGACAACCACGUCCACCACGACCAUCCAGCCAGGGCAGAUCAUCAUAGCACAGCCUCAGCAAGGGCAGGUUGGUAAAUUGCAUUCCAGAGGGCUUGUGCUCUGCGUUAGAGGUGGGCUGAAGAGUGCCCCUUGUGUGACUUACCUUGGUACCUUCUGGCCAUGCGAAAUCGGCUUCACCACACACACCCCUUUCUAUCCUCCAUACAGGCAAGCAAGAGGCAUUAUCACAGUUAAGUGAUAAACUCCAGCCAGGUGAAAGUGCCCAAGGAGGACACAGCACAGCUAACAAGGGAUGUGGUCAGCAAAUGGGUGUAACAUAGGGAGAGUUCUGAGGGCCAGAUGGAAAGGUCUGGAGCAGUGCUAUUUUUCCAGAAAAAGAGGUGCCAGAACUCACCACGAACACCUCUCGUUUUCUUAAAAAGGCAAUGGUGCCCACCUGAGAGGUGCUGGAACUGAGUUCCAAUGAGUUUCUGCUUGAAAAAAGCCCUAAUCUGGAGGACCAUAUUUGGUCCCAGGGUCUGAAUUUCCCUAGCUCUGACAGCAGCAGAAACCACAAACGUCCUAGAUAAUACUGCAGCCCAUUCCACUUCCUAGUGGAAAAUGCCAGCACUCUGGUGAGUCACCCAGAAUUGUGGCAAGAUCCUUUGGCUGCUGGAUGGACAGUUCUCUGGAAGUUCUAAGUCUAGUGGAGAAGCUUAAGUUGGGCACCUUAGAUUAUGGGCUUGCAGAUGUCUUGAAGUACAUUGACAUGGGGCUUUGGACCAAUAAUAGUUUUAACAAUAGCAACACCUAAAAAGUGUCACCAUCUGCCUAUUUGCCUAAUUCGUCUGUAAUCAAAACCCCUGAUCUCAACUAAUUUUGGUGUAGAUUUCCAUUUUUAUAUGUGGAUCAUCCCAACGCAUGGCUCAUGGGACUCAGGUGUUCAUUGACUCUGUUCCUGUUGGUGGACUUCGGGGUUCUGGCAGAAAUCAGAAUAGAUCCCCACAAGUCUAGCAUCUGCCUAUGCCGGGAGAUUUAGUAACGUUCUGCUCUCUGAGACUUCGAUACCCACUAUCUGGGUGUUGUUUUGCAGCCUUGAGGACUGCAAAGAAAAAAUCUUGGAGAGAAAACUGCAGGUCUGAUUAUUUUCAUCAGCCCAGGCUUUCACAAAAAGAGCCUAAAUUCUAAAGAAAGAAGUAUGAGACACGUGCAGAAGAUGUGUGGAGAAAGGAGAAUUAUCUGCUUUAGACCACCAUUAGAGCAAGUCUUUGGCUCUUCCUGCCCCAAAUCUAUAUUGACAUCCAAACUCUUGAUCCUCCUCAUAAGUAUUUGCCAUGCAGUGUGAAGGUGCAUGCAGGUACUUGCAUGUUCCCAGAUGCAACAAUGCAGUCUUUUUUUUUCAGGUAGAAAGCAACUGAGCUGCAUAGAUGUGUCCUGAUUCUAACCCACUUACACUUUCCACUGGGAGUGGAGAUACUGGUCUCUUUUGCUUUCAGAUUGUUUUCAGCACAACAUUGUACUGUAAAUCAAAAUCUUAUCCAUUGCACCUCCUUGAAGGUAGUCAGCAGAGAAAUUCUGGCAGAUUGGGACAUUGCUUGGAAAACGUUGAGGGUCUGUGGGGAUUUUUUCUCUUUCUUUUCAGUCUGGCUGUUGCAGGGAACCAGCCGGGCUUCAGGUAUAUUUGGGAUACCUCAAGGCUCAGGAUGCUUCUCUUGUGCUCUGUUCUUUCAGACCACCCCUGUGACUAUGCAGGUCGGAGAAGGGCAGCAGGUUCAGAUUGUCCAGGCUCAGCCGCAGGGGCAGGCUCAGCCAGCACAGAGUGGGACUGGGCAGACCAUGCAGGUCAUGCAGCAGAUCAUCACCAAUACUGGAGAAAUUCAGCAAAUACCGGUAAGGAGGCAUCCGACUAAUCUUAUUCUUUGUACUCAGGCUGUCCUCUUGCGACCCUUGUUCUCAAGAGGGUCUUCUCUUUGAAGGCUGUUGUUGUUGACGAUGAUAUCCUGCUUUUAAGACAACUCAGAAGGCAGAAAUGGCACUGUGUUAGGGACUUGUGUUUGCUUCUCUCUGCUUUGAGUGGGCUUCAGUCUUCAACUUUGGGUUUCCAGAAGCUGUUGGACUGCAGCUCCUCAGCCAACUUAGCCAAUGCUCAGAGAUUAUGGGAGUUGUAGUCCAACAAAAUCUGGGGCCCCAAGGUUAAAGAACAUUGUGCUACAAUAAAGAACCCAGUAGCUCCCUUCUCUGUUUCUCCCACUUCUGCCUUCUGCUGUGCUGCUGCACUUUCAAAUACCCACCAACCCACACACACUCGCAAACCAUCUGUGCCCCUCCUUCCUGCCAUCAUUUCAGAAGUUCAGAAAAAGCAUAUGUGGUGCAGUGCUCUCAAGUCUGAACACUUCUGUAAUCCAGCUAAGUGUUUGCAUGUUGCAAAUAAUCGCUGAAAUAAUUAUAACUCUUUUGUCAUAAACCACAAUUUUCUGUAAAAGCUCACUAAUCAGGAAGAAGAUUAGGAUAGAGCCUGACACCCUGACAUGAUAGCUUUCCAUUUGCACAGCAUUCUUUGAUGUGUGGGAGCAUUCGGCGGGGGGGGGGGGGGUGUCAUUUUUGCCACCAGCACAUUUGGAGUGCUUUCUGGACACUUGACUCUCACUUGCUCUCAAAUCCAUACUGUUUCUCUUCUGUGUGAGCUUCAAGGUCCUUCCAUUCAUUGCACAGCAGGCUACCUUAUGCCUAAACGUCCUCCUUUUUCUUAUUCAUGCUCCUCUUCUAAACUUCUUCUGCCUCCAUUUCUUCCUCUCUUGCUGCCUUACGCCAGUGGCUCUAAAACUGCAUAAUACUGGGAAGAAGGGUCCAAAGUUUCAGGGAGCAAGAGAGGAUCCUCCAGCAGGCAGAUUCAGAGACUUUUUGCCACCAGGGCAGCUGUGCUUACCAUGAAAGAUACAGAGAUGGGUGAGGUACAGGUGGGAGCUCCUGGCUCCAGUGAGCUCAUUCCCUUCCUGCUUCUUUCACUUGGUGGAAUGGGAUAAAGAGGAAGACUUGGAUGAGCCAUGGUCGUGCUCUUCUGAUGCCACUGUUGCCGUCAUAUCUCAGUCAACAGAUCCUUAUAUACAGCAGCUAAUUGCAUGCAUUCAUGUAGAUAAGUAAGAGGAUACUGCGUGCUUGGCUGCCAGAGGGUUGUGAGGCUCUGAAAGUAAUUUUUUUUUGGGGGGGGGGACCUGAAUUCAUUAAAUUUUUGAGCAUGCCUUAUGCCUCUGACAGCCUUCCCUUCUUUCCACCAAGCCAACUCCUUGUCUCUCACCCAUAUCCACACAUCCAUUUUGCACACAUCUUGUUCAUCGUCGCUUAGGCUGCAAGCCCUAUGGGUAGGACUGGCUGUCAUUUGUAUGUUCUGCACAGCACACUUUGACAAUAUAUAUUUAGUGCUCUUAAGUCAAAGAUCACAUCAUCUUGCAACUUUUGUUGCCAAAGCUGCAUUCAGCUCUGAAAUCUUCAUUUGCCUGCUUUGUACAACCAGGAUGGGUUGCAGUCCUUAAAACCACAUGAAAAGAUACAUGAAUGCUUUAAAAUAAUAAACUGUUCAAGUGUUAUGUAGAGUCUUUGUGUGAGUGCUGCACAAGUGUUUCAAACUAUACCCAGCCCACCUUAGGAAAAGCUUUUGCAGGUGCACCUCAAAACAGCUUGAGGCAAUGGGAUUUAACUUUAACUCUGUGACAAAAGCUUUCUGGUUGUGAGCAGUAGGAUAAUAGUUAAACCCCUGAAAGUCUGCCUUGUCCAUUUCAGAGUUAGCUCUUAUAGUUAAAAUCUAACUAGGGGCCUUUCGUGGCAAACAGGGUUUUCCCCUGAAGGCAAAUUUCAUUGCUGAAAGACAGCUGCAUAGAGGUGUCUGUGCUCACAUAGAGUAUAUCUGCUACAGGGGGCUACACUUUGCCUGUAACAGGGUGAUGACCUUUAGAGAAAAAUAUUGCAUCAUGGAGAAAUCGGCAAGGGGGCAAACUGCAAGCUUCAUAGCUUCUGCUCCAAAUGGUUUGGGCAUCAGUGACAGGUAUUAAAACAUUUUCUCUGUCUGAAGAUCUUCUCCCACCUGCUCCUAAAAAAAGGGGGGGGGGUUCCAUGCAUAUAGUACACAAGUGUCUAAUGUUAAAGGACAGAAAGUUGACUAUUUGGAAUUCUGUCCCCAGAGAAACACAACUGGCCCUAUGACAGUCAGUUUGUAGGUGCAAGGCUAAUGCUUCCGUUUGCCCAGACCUUUGGUAGUCAAGUAGCCUAUAUUGAGGUGCUCAUCUUUUAGGGAAGUGGGAUAAGGCUGUCAAGGGGGAUAAUGUAAAAGGGGGACAUGUGGUCACGUUUCAGCCCUGGCUUUAUUUAGCCCUCCCUGUGUAAUAUCUCUGUCUCCUUUUAAAACAAGUGUGUAAAGCCUGCAUGUUUCAGGUUACCAACUAUGUGCCAUCUCCUACUGUUUCUAGGUACAUCUCAAUGCCGGUCAACUGCAGUAUAUCCGCUUAACUCAGCCCGUUUCUGGUGCCCAGGUGGUCCAGGGCCAAAUCCAGACACUUGCAGCCAACACACAACAGGUAUAAACUGAGGUCCAGUGGCUUGUUAAUAGCUGUUAAAAUGUACCUAGUCUGUUGAAAAGAAGUGGAUUUUCUUGAACUUGGUCACUGAGGCAAGGGAGUGGCAGUAGUUUCCUUGGUCCUUUUUCUGUUGCCUGCCUUUUUCCAUUUUAAAAAGUACGGAAACCUGUUUUGGACCUACUCCAUUCUACCCCACCCCUUCAUUUUUCAAGCAAGGUCCUGAGGCUUGAUCACCAGAAUUUCCAUCAAAAGACAACUCCCAGAAAACAAAUUACAGUUAACGUGCACUUUCAGGAAAUACCUGUCAUGCACCAGAGAAAACUACAAGAUACAAAAGAUACAACCUGUCCUGGAACACAUGCUGGAAUACAAAAACCUGGCUGUUGUUUGGCACAGGCCUCCUCCAGUGUUUGGCAAAUUCAGCUAAAUGCUAUUCCUUCCCUUUUCUUCCCACUCCCACCUUUCUUGUAUAGGUCAGCUUUUCUGUUCUGGCCACCUGCCAGAUUUAACACAGCCAUUAUUUCUGUUCAGUCACCAUAUCCUAUUUCCAGUGCUUUGCAAGAACCAUUUUUAGUCACUGUUAAUACAUUCGUUAAAAGCAUCAUUUACUUUUACUUUUACAUCCUAUAUAACAGUAUUCCUGCUCUUUCAAGUCUGGGAUGCAUCUUUAUAUACAGCCUAGCAAUACACUCAGUUUUUUAAAAAACACAUGCCUUUCCCCUCCUACUCCAUGCACACAGCUUCCUUCUCUCAGCUGGCUGUGUGAAUGGCCUAUAGCAGGCAUAGGCAAACUUGGCCCUACAGAUGUUUUGUGACUACAGUUCCCAUCAUCCCUGACCACUGGUCCUGUUAACUAGGGAUCAUGGGAAUUGUAGCCCCAAAACAUCUGCAGGGCCGAGUUUGCCUAUGCCUGGCCUAUAGCAAAAGCUUGUCUUGAGGCUUUCAAUAUCACUUCCACCCCCAGGUGUCUCUACCACUUCCUCCUGUGAAAUACAUCCAUCCAUCCAGUCUCAAUAGGCACCAUGGCAUUUUUUUGUCAAAUAAUCCACACGAGCAAAAUAAUAUGAAAAUCUAGCAUGCAUAACAAAGCAGCCUCAAUCAUCCUUUUGUCCUCACCCUUCCUCCAGGCGUAUGUGGUUUUAUUCUCUCUAAUCUCUCUGAUGAAGAAAAUUUGUUUUGCAAAUUGCUGUGUUUUUGUAUGUUAAAGAUACUUCCAUAGAGCAUUUCUUUUCUUUUCCUUUCUAUUCUAUUCCUUGUUCCGUUAAAUGGGGGCAAGGAGGUGGAUUUGUGAACCAAAGGGCUCUGAUGCCAGCCGAAGAGAAGAGCCGCCUGGUGGGGCAAGCCUGUCUUUAAAAUUAAAAUGGUCUCUCUGUGUGGGGGUGCAGUUAAGGCAAGUGGGCUCUGACCUCCUUUUUUGUUUUUACACGGUGGGGCUGCAAAUGUCAAUAAAUCAAUCAUCUAUUUCGUAGAUUGCACAGACGGAGGUUCAGCAGGGACAGCAGCAAUUCAGCCAGUUUACAGACGGACAGGUAUGAGCUUCGGAACCCAUGGUGACAGCCACUGAGUUGGAUUCAAAGAGGAUCAGACAGUGGCUACUAGCCAUGAUACUACUAUGUUCUCCCUCCACAGCUGGAGGCAGUAUGCCUCUGAAUGCUAGUUGCUUGGAAUCAGAAGUGGGGAGUAUGCUGAUGUGCUCAGGUCCUGCUUGUGGGCUUCUUAUAAGCAUAUUGUUGUCCACUGAGAACAGGAUGCUAGACUAGAUGGGUCAUUGGGCUGAUCCAGUAGGGCUAUUAUGCUAUACAGUAACACCUUGAUGUAGCUUGAUCUAGCUCCUAUUUGGCCAUCUUCCUGCCUCUUAUUUUCAUUAAGAAAAUGAAAAGCUUCUGUUCAUGGCUUCUGCAAAGUUAAGUUUAUUUGAUUAUUUCAAACUUACAGUAGGAGACAGGGAAACUAGAGGCAAUAUUUCUCCGUACCAAUUGUUGAGAAUCACAAGUGAGAAGAGGGCUGUUGCGGUCGGUUCCCAUAAUGGCAGGUUUCCCAUAAUGGGCAACUAGAUGGCCACUGUGAGAACAGGAUCCUGGACUAGAUGGGCCUUUGGGAUGAGCAAUGGUGUUGUUAGGGAUGUGAAUGGCGGUGUUAAUUCUUCACUUUCAGUGAAGUAGGGACUCCUUCUUGAGUAUCAUACAUGACCAUGGUGUGGGGGUACACUGCAUCAACAGUGUGUUUAAACUGCUUGACCUGGCACAGUGGGUCUCACUUUUGCCUAUGUAACGGUUGUUCCAAGAUGCUGCGAUUCUGUAUUUGAAUGUAUCCAUUGAAGAGGGAACCUCAGUGGGUCUCCUUGCUUGUUCUCUUCCAACAGCUCUACCAGAUCCAGCAAGUGACCAUGCCUGCCGGCCAGGACAUCACCCAGCCCAUGUUCAUCCAGUCCACCAAUCAGACAACAGAUGGACAGGCCCCACAAGUUACAGGAGACUGAGUUGGUUCAGCCAGAGGGCUGUGGGAUGUUAUGGAAGUUACACCAUCUUGAUUGCUGUACAGCCAACCAGAGGCCCUCUUCAGCUCUUCUCCUCCAUCCCUUCCCCAAUAUAUAUCUGCAUUUGAUAUAAACCUGCCAAGGGCAGCAAUCUACGUUGUAUUCUAUGAACUGCUUCAAUCUGGUGGCAGACAAGGAAACCCCAGAAACUGACAAUGUUGCAAUAUUUUUCUUUUUCUUUUCUUUUUUUAAAAGAAAAUGGCAAAUUCUACAUUGCUCAGCAAUUCUGCUUUGUAUAUAACUGAUGAAUUUUUAUAGGGCUCUGUCAAAAGCAGUGUAUCUGUUUCCCUGUUUCUUCAUUGGUGCAGCAUCCUUGUCCCUCCCACUUCCCUGUCCAGUAAACUUCAUCUUCCAGGACUUUCAUCCUGCAACAACCCUGUGUUGGCUGCAAAAGCUGGACAUAUCCCCAUCUUCAUAUUUCAGUCAGGAAGUGUGCGAGCCUGCGUGUGGGUGUAUGUGUGUGAAAGGUUUCUCUUUUUUUUAAUGUCCCAAUCUAAGUAUUGUUAACUUCAGCUUCUGAGGGAGGGGGCAGGGAGGGGAGUAAACCAGCCCCAGCAAUUCUGUAUUAAACCUGUUUUUGAAGGCAGCUUUCCCCAACAUGUGACGCCCUCCAGAUGUUCUGGACUACAACUGGCUUGGGGCUGAUAGGGCAUUGCGGGUGGGGAAUCACGUUGGGGAAAGCUGCCCCAUAGGCUUUAAUAUUGGCCUUGAACUAUUUUUUUGAAAUACUUUCGGUUUGGAUGCGCAGAUAUGAGUUAUUGGUUAACUGUAUGAAGUCUCAGUCAAUGCAUGUGUAAAAUAAAGCUGCAUGAAAUGCAAUAAACUUGUUUUCUAUGAUAGUUCAA